ACUACGCCUAGACUCCUGGUGCAGCCUAACCUGCUGGAUUGGACUCCAUAACUCUGGCGUUAUGUUGAGGGUAAGAGGCUGCAGCUUGCUCUAUGCCUUAUACAGAGAGCCCUGGCUAGCUGAGGGCUGAACAUGGCUCAGCCAUUCUUAUGAUAGCUGCAGGGUAUGCAAUAGCCACUAGUAUAUAGCUUGUUUAAUGACUCACAGCAAAGCAGCAGCAAUGCAUGCAUUUCACAUUCUAUAUUCUAUGACCCCCUGUGGUAUAAUAACUAAUUAUACUGCAUUGGGCAGAAAGGGAGGUUGUGUUCUAAAUGGAACGUUGAACCAUUAACUUCAGCAGCUGUGAUACAAUCAUAACAUUCUGUUUUAGGAAACUGCUGGAAACACUUUCAUGUAUAAUAGGGCUACCGAAUCCACCAUGUUUUCUUGGCUUGUAUAAAUAUAUUACCUGCAGUAUGCAGGAUUCAUGAUCUGCAGUAUGCAGGAUUCAUGACCUGCAGAAUUCAAUUGCUGCAGGACAUUGAUCAUCUUUCUUUGCUGUGUGAAGAUUGCCUCCUGAGAGAAUUCAAAGUGGAUUUCACAUUUAAAGUGAGAGUAGCCGAGCUGGAAGCAUAUUGGGGAAUAUAUAUAUUUAUAAAAAAAUAUAUAUAAAAAAAAAUAUAAAUUUUUUUUUUUUAAAGUUCAGUUAUCUUCACCAAAAUUUGACAUUUACUUUGAAUUCUUUCACUUUAGAGAAUAAUCCUAUAUGUGUUUAACGAAAGCACGAGCGGGCUAGCAGACCUUUAAUUGUAUUAAUUAUAAAGCGCCAACACAUUCUGCAGCGCUGUACAAUAGGUGGACAAAACAGACAAGCAUUGUGUAACCAGACUAGUUGGAAGUACAGGAACAGAGGGUGUUGAGGGACCUGCUCAAUUAAGUUUUACGUUCUGUGUUAAUACAUAGCAAGCAGCACAGGAGUGUCCAUAGUAAUAGCUAUAUAAAUAUACAGAAUAUUCUGUGUAUAAAUAACUGUAUACUGGGGGGAGUUACUGGGACUUCCUGCUGCUUUAUCUACAAGGGGAUAAAAUACUCAUACUCCUAGUACAAAUCAUUAAAAUUAUCUCAUGUUUGAUUGAAAUCUAAUAUACCCCAGAUAAUUAAUUGUAUUAUUAAAAUAAAAAUCUUGGUGUUCUCAUGGGUGUAUGUCUUUUAUUAGGCACAGUGAUGGCAGAAUAACCCUUAAAAAAAUCUCUAUUUCCCCCAAACCUCUCAGCCUGGCUAUAUCUAGGACACUGCUACUCUGCCACUCACAAUAUGUCCGCCAGACCCUGACAUGCCUCUCGCCAAUCACUGUUCACUUCCUGGGCCGGCCUCGGCCAAUCAGCAGCAAGCUCUUUGUUUGCUUUAAAAAGCAACCCCAGGCUGCGCCCAAUGGGUGCGCUGGAUGUGAUGCGUGGGCGGGGCCUGUGGGUGCCUGGUUGAGUGGAUGUGCAAGUUAGGUGGCCCCAUGAAAGCCUGUGUGCUGCUGCAGGAGCUGUUUGCUGCACCCAGGAAGGGCUGCAGGCUGGGGAGAGAGAAGGAACAAGGCAUGAAGAUGGCAGUGCUGCUGUCACAGGCUGUGCCCAGCAGCACCUCUGGCAGCAUGGAGACCCAGGUGAGUGCUUCUGCUCCUGGAAAAUGGCUGAAAUAGCUUACAUUCCUCUACACCAGGGGAUAGGCAACCUUCAGCACCCCAGGUGUCCUGGACUACAUCUCCCAUCAUGCUGUUCCACCAUUAUGGGUGCAAGUCCAUUAUGGGAAAUGUAGUCCACAAAAACUGGAGUGCUGAAGGUUGCCUACCUCUAUUCUACACAAUCACAACAAGCUGGGGAGGCUAGGCUUAUGGACACCACUGCUUUGGUGGGGGGGUGGAGGCUAGGGUCUCCAUAUUGGGACCCUCUGUUCUACACAAUCACAACAAGCUGGGGAGGCUAGGCUUAUGGACACCACUGCUUUGGUGGGGGUGGAGGCUAGGUCUCCAUAUUGGGACCCUCUGUUCUACACACUCACAACAAGCUGGGGAGGCUAGGCUUAUGGACACCUCUGCUAAGGAGGGGGGGGGGGUCUCCAUAUUGGGACCCUUUGUUUCAUUGAUUACAAUUCUCCCAAUCUACUUCCCUUAUACUUCCCCUACCUUUUGUGUCACUUUACCCCACAUCCUCUAGCAUGUAAGCUCAUUGACCAGAGCCCUCAACCCCUCUGUUUCUGUGUGUCAAACUUGUCUGGUUACAAUUACAUGUUUGUUAGUCCAUUGUAAAGCACUAUGGACUUUGUUGGCGCUAUAUAAAUAUUAUAAUAAUAGUGUAACUCUUCAGAUCCUUUGGAGGUGCAGUGCCUUGUUGAAAUGUUUUUUUCUUUAUUUACAUUCUCUUCUCUGAUCCAAAAUUGUAAUGUUUGUGGGGCUGUACAUGUCCUUUGGCAGGCAGCCUGCAUUGUUUUUGUGUAGAGCAACUUACACAACACAGAGUUACAAGUCUUGCAGGGGGUUGUAAGAACUGAAAACUAAUUUUCCUGUCAUGUUUAUACAUCAUGUCACUUGGCCAUAAACAAUAUUGUACAUUUUAGCAAAAGGACAUAACUUUUUUUUUAAAUAUUUUUAAUUUUUUGCUGUUGAAAUUUUCUGUUUUUACUUUUGUUUUACUGUUAACAAUGUUGUUGGAUUUAUUUUGGUUUGUUUUCCAGUGUUAUAAAGAAUUGUUCUUCAGUAAUACUAUUUAGAAACUGUAAGUGUGUGUGUGUGUGUGUAUUUUUCAUAGUGCCGUAUUUUUAAGGUGAAAAGCGUGAUGUUCUGGGGUAAACCUGUCAGGAUUAUUCACGAGGUGGCUUUUAAAUUUAAGGUCAAAUCAGAAAAAUUCUCUUGUCAGCUACGCUUUCAGUUCAAGAGCUGUGGGCUUAAAUUUGAGGGGGAAAAAAAAAACCUUUGAAUUCUCACUUUAGUGAAUCAACGUUAAAUUCUCACUUUAGCUGAUAACCCUGUAAAAGUUGAGAGACCGGUAUGUUGGUUUCCAUGACAAUUGCUCCUUAUUUACUACUUUCCUCAAAAUACCACCUGUUUUCUCUUGAUAAAUAUGACCCACAUUCUUCUGUCUGCAUUUACUCAGGGUUUGUAUAAUUAUUUGAAGGUCAUGUGAUUAUCCUCUAAUGUAAAUAACUUGCAUCAUCCAGUACCAGUGUUUUUUUUUUAUUUUAUUUUUUAAAAUAUAUAAACGUCUUGUUGAUAGAACAAGGCGUAUAAAUUCAGUGUUCAUGAUCUAUUUCUGUGUAUUGCUUAGUAAAUUUACAAAACAUCUGUCAGGCCUGACCAGAAAAAGGGGGAUACCCCUCAUCUAUUGAACUACAUAACCCAUGAUGCUUUUGUUAGCCUAAGGCUGGCAAAAUAUAAUCUCUGCUUUUAGUCAACUUUUAUCUAUGUACUUUAUUUGUAAGUUCAUAUAAUAUGUAAUGUAUUUAAUAUUUUUUACUUUCUAUCAUGAAUAUCUGAUUUAAGGUGUGUGUGUAUAUAUAUUUAUAUUAUUUAUUAUUAUUAUUUUUAUUUAUUUUUUAUUUAUUUUUUACAAAUCUAUUUAAUAACCUAAAUGUGGUUUUGUUACUUUUUUAAAAUAAUUUUUUACUAUAAUUUGUCUUCAUUCAAACAAUAUGUAAUUUACUUUACACAAGCCUGUGUUCAGAGGAUUGCAAACUGUAACCUGUAAGAAUGUUUUCAGAAGCCAUUGUGAAUGAUUUUAGUGAUUUGUUGUCCUAUGGUGAUCCAGUUCUGUGGAUUUAGUUUGUUUUAUUCUAAUGCUAUGCAGACCGAAACGUUACAAUUCUAAAAUAGCAAAAAUAAAAAAAAGUGCUUUCUAGUUUCUCUGAAAAUGUUUGGCAAAUGUCCAGUUAGAAUUAUCCACUGCCGAGCAGUUAGAUGUCUAUGACAUUUUAUUGUUAAACAUGUUAAGGAGUAGCACAGGUUUCCAUAAAAAUGAUGUGUAGGUUCGCUUAGUAACACAAUUUAAAUUUUGUUAGCAUUUAUCUAUAACAUUACAGUUCUGUUGGGGUGUCUAGGUUUAUACAGGGUGAGAAUUCAAAGUUAUUUCUAAUCUAAAGGACCACUAUAGGAACCCAGACCACUUUAGUUCAAUGAACUAGUUUUAACCCUGCAGCUGAAAACAUAGCAGGUUCAGAGAAACUGCUAUGUUUACAUUGCAGGGUUAAUCAAGCCUCUAGUGGCCGUCUCCCUGAGCGGCCACUAGAGGCUGCUUCCACGAUUUUCAGUAAAUCGCACUGAAAUGACGCUGCACGUCCUCACGGAGUCCAGCGUCAAAUAAGAUCCCCUAUAGGAAAGUAUUGAGUAAUGCUUUCCUAUGGGCGUGUUUGAAUGCGUGCACGCCUCUGGCCAUGCAUGCGCAUUCAACUCCACUCGGGAGCUGAUAUCGGCAGGGGGAGGCGAGGUCACCAGUGCCGAGGGAGCCCGGCGCUGGAUUAAGGAAAGUGGCUGAACGGGUUUGUUUUCCUGGCACUAUUGGAUCCUUUUAAGGCUGAAAUAGCAGAACUGGAAAAAUUCACUGUCAGCUAUGCUCCAGUUUGGCUAAUUUGGCCUGAAAUUUGAAAUUCUCUUUGAAUUCACUUGGUAUUUUUACUUUAGAAAAUAGCCCCGUUAGAGUUACUUGUCAGGAAUUCAAAGUGAAUUUAACAUUUUUAUAGACCAAGUAAGUUAUAUUUUUCAGUUAAGUUUUUGCCUAAAAUUAAAACUUCACUUUGAGUUUGUGAUUUUCUUUUCCCCAUCAUUUUAUGGACUUAUUUAGUAAAUCACAAAUUGCAGUGUAUCAAAAUUUGAAUUGUUCAAUUUAAGCAAUAAUGGCUGAUCUGAAAACACUGCUGCUCUUGAAGCUUUUUUGCUUAAAGAGAUAUGUAGACACCAAAACAACUUUAGCUUAAUGAAACCGUUUUGGUGUAUAAAUCAUGCCUCUGAAGUUUCACUGCUCAAUUAUCUGCAAUUUAGGAGUUAAAUCACUUGUUUCUGUUAAUGCUGCCGUAGCCACACCUCCCCUGGCUGUGACCCACGCAGCCUACAUUUAAAUAAAAUUGUUUCACUUUCAAUCCGAUAUAACUUAAUUUAAAAGUUAAAAAUCUCCUGCUCUGUAAAUUGAACUUUAAUUACAUGCAGGAGGCUUCUGCAUGGUCUAGCAAGCUAUUAAAAGAGACUUUGCAAAUAAAGGUGUAAACAUUAGAUAACUCUUUACAGGAAGUGUUUAUGUUGGCGAUCAGUCACAUGCAGGGAUGUGUGACUAAGGCUACAUACGUAAAACAUUGUAGUUAUUGCAUUUACAAACUUUAUAUUUGUGCUAAAUAGUAAUCUAUCGUGUUUUAAACAAAGUGUCUACAAAAGUAUUCACUAGAUAGAUCAGGGGUAGGCAACCUUUCAAUAGUACUGUGCCAAAACAAGAUAUUGAAUCCCUUGGUGUGCUGGUUCUAUUUGUCUAAAUUGAGGUGUGCAUGUUGCCGUAUUGUACUUGUGCUAUUUAUGGGUGCUGUGUUUUUUUUAACGUUGUAUGGUAUUUGUGUAUGUAGGCUGUUAUACUGUAUAUGUUCACGAGUAGUUUGUGUUAAAUGUGGCCUGUGUAAGGGGGACUGCUUGUGAAAUAGUGUCUGGCUCUUAACAUGUAUAGCUUGGCAGAAAGACGAGACGGGGUGGAUAUGAUAGAAAUAUUUAAAUAUAUAAAGGAAAUCAACACAGUAAAGGAGGAGACUAUAUUUAAAAGAAGAACGACCACAACAAGAGGACAUAGUCUUAAAUUAGAGGGACAAAGGUUUAAAAAUAAUAUCCGGAAGUAUUCCUUUACUUAGAUGGUAGUGGAUACAUGGAAUAGCCUUCCAGCUGAAGUGGUAGAGGUUAACACAGUAAAGGAGUUUAAGCAUGCGUGGCAUAGGCAUAAGGCUAUCCUAGAUAUAAGAUAAGGCCAGGGACUAAUAAAAGUAUUUUAAAAAAUUGGGCAGACUAGAUGGGCCAAAUGGUUCUCAUCUGCCGUCACAUUCUGUGUUUCUAAGAUUUAUCGUGUGUGUUAUUGUAUGGGCUGCCCAUGUGCAGGAGCUGUGGUGUGCUCUACUCCAGUGCAGAAUUCCAUUAACCGGUGCAGGUAGGACAUUUUCUGAGUACACUUCCUCGAAGUGCUGAAAUGCAUAAAUUGAGGAUUGUCCCUCACCACCUGCAAUCACUGCUUAGGUUGCACUAGCAGAUUUCUGAAGUCCCACUGGGAUUCCUGAUAGGCCAGAGCCUAUUUGUCUCUGGCAGCCUUGAGUGCCCUGCAAAGGCACCUCAAAUGCCAUGCAUAGUAUGCGUGCCAUAGGUUACUGACCUCUGCACUAGAUAUUAAAUUAUACGUUCUCUACUGUUAAGCUAGUUUGUAACAAUUCAUGAUCGGUCUUAUUGACUCUUAAUGUUGUUUGCUAGACUGUAUCAGGUUACAAUUUACUCUUUAAAAACAGAAACCCAAGAUGGGCACAGUAAAUCUUGCACCAAAUGGCUCUGGGAGUAGGCCUGUUCAGCAGAUGUUAUCUCCCCACCACCAAGACCUAAAGUAAAUCCUUGUUUUAACUGUUUUUUUUUUUUUUUCUUCUUUUUUUUUUUUUUUUACUCAAGUCCCAUGUACCAGUAGCAUGAUUGAUUGACCACAUGUAAAUAUUCACAUUCUUCAUUCUGCAUACAGUGGGCUAGUCACUGAACACCAACUUGUAGUGAACAAAGGUACUAAUCAUCUUAACGUGAAUAUCCAAGUUUUCUCUAAUCUUUAUUAUGAGGCAAAGUAGGCCCUACUUUGAUCUUAUAAUCUACUGGUAUUUUGAUUGUAUUGACAAUCAUGUAGCGUAGUCCUUUGGUAAGACACCCAAUGGUGUGUAUAUCUGCCUUCCAUAAAUCAUAAGUUUAUUUGAGCAGGGCUUUCCUCCCCUCUUUCUCUAAUUGGAAAGUGCUGCUUAAUUUGUUGGUACUAUAUACAGACUAAUUAAAUGUAAAAAAUAUUUUAGAAAUCCAUGAAAUUCCCAUGCAAUCAAUGAAGAUUCUGUGUUUGUGAAAAACUCAAGUCCUGUCGCAGUGACACAGUUGUUUAAUGUCUAGUAUAUUAUGACUAGUGAUGUCGCGAACUUGCCGCGAAUGGUUCGCCACAAACCGUUCGUGGCGAACUCCGGUCAGCUGACACAUCCCUGCCAAUCUCCGGCAGACCCUCCUACUUCCUGGACAGCAUCCAUGUUGAAGCUGCCUUCAACAUGGAUGCUGUCCAGGAAGUAGGAGGGUCUGGGAGGGAGGGUCUGCCAGAGAUUGGCAGGGAUGUGUCAGCUGACCGGAGUUCGCCGCGAACGGUUCGUGGCAAGUUCGCGACAUCACUAAUUAUGACUUCAAAAAGAAGCAAGGAUCUGCGCAAUAAAGAUGUUCACUAAACGUAACUAGUGAAUUAGUGACCAGUAUAUCUGAUUUGGGGGCAAACAAAAAAAAAAUCUUCAACUCCUCUAUAGUCCCUGCUCGGUGUUGAAAACAUGGGAAUCCUAAUGGAACACACAGCCUGGUCCCUCGCUUACUAUAUUGCUGGUGUGAAGCAUACACUUCCGCAACAUCGAAAUAAUGCAGAUUUGGACAGCAGUGAUAGGCUGAGAACAUCCAGUGAAAUAUUCAUGAGUUAGUGCACAGUAUAUUGGAAGUUGCCCAGUUGUCCAUUAAUUGUAUGACCACUCGGGCCCUUUUUACCUAUAAUCUGUGUAUUGCACUUUUGAAAUCUCCAGCAAAGGAUUAAUAAAAAAAUAAAUAAUAAAAUUUUAUUGACCGUUCCAACAAGGUAUCAAUUUGAUAAAGCAGCAGUGUUUCCCCCAAGUGAUUGACUGUCUGUUCCUUGCUCUUCUUUUCUGUUUUUUUAAUUUAUUAGAUUUUCAUUCCAUUUGAUCAGACACAGUUUUGUAAUCGUGUAAAAAAAAAAAAACAAUACCAGAGGUCUUCCAGUUCGUACUGUUAUAGAAAUAGGCAGCAGUAAAAUGUAAUUUAAUUUUGUUUAAACGUGGAAUGCAAGAAUAAUGUAGCGUGCAUUGAAAAGCACACAUGAUCUGAUAUUUUUAUCUUUUUACUUUGCACUUUAUCUCAGUGUAUACAUUGCUCUCUCAGGGUAGAGCCUUAGCCGUUCUAAGAAUUGAGGGACUCUCCUUAUUCUAACCCUGUGGGUUUUACGUUUCUGUGCUGUCGACACAAUUCCUGAUAAUUCCUUCCUUGUUUUGCUCGGUUCUCGCAUGGAUCUCGCACCUUUUCGUUCCUUUUGUUUUAAUUUCCCUUCCUGUUGAACUGCGCUAUGGUGUCUCACUUUUUUUGUUUUGAUAAACUCCGUCAACCCUAUCUUUCUUAUUAUAGUGUAUUUAUUGUUUUUUUUUUUUUUUGUUUGUUUGUUUUUUUUUAAAAAGGGAAGUGGGGAAAAAAAAAUCUCUUUUCCAAGAAUGUCCUGUCUUAAAUAUCCCUUUAAACACUGUCUUAUGUUCUUUGUUUCGUAACAGCCUUGCAUGGUUAACAUGCAUUUGUUUGUGAUGGAAUUUAAAAUCCUUAUCUCUUCAGACAUUCAAACACUGUUUUGCUGUGUUGGCAAAUAACGGGCUUUCUCUAAUGUGGAAUUCAUGGGUGAAGUGGAUCGGAUUCAUUCGAAUUCUCUGUUAAAUUUGGGUUACACUAUUGCAGUAUUUAUGAAUAAACAUGUGUUCUUAACGCUUUAGUAUUCCCCAAACUAUAUAGAUGUACCCCUCCUCCACCAGUGCGGGUUUAAAAGGUGAGAUUAUCUUGCCUUUCUUCCCUCCCCAUGAUGGUGUCGCUGCGGCCCCUUUGCCUCCCACACUUAGAUCAUUAAAGGAUCACUAAAGUGUCAGGAAAACAAACCAGUUUUCCUGACUCUAUAUAGUGCCCUAAAGGCGCCCCCACCCUCAGGGGCACCCUCCCGUGGCGGGAGGAAGGGGUUAAAAAAAAAAACCUUCAGCAGCUUACCUUAAUGCAGCCCGGCGCUGGUGACCACUCCUCCCCUGCCGACGUCUGCUCCCGAGUGGAGUGUAAUGCGCGGCAAGUGCCGCGUGCACAUUCAAACAGUCCAUAGGAAAACAUUUCUCAAUGCUUUCCUAUGGACGUUCUGCACGCUGGAUGCGAAUUUCACAUCCAGCGUCGCAGAUGCACCUCUAUUGGCUGUCUGGAAGACAGCCACUAGAGGCUGGAUUAACCCUGCAAUGUAAACAUAGCAGUUUCUCUGAACCUGCUAUAUUUACAUCUGGAGGGUUAAAACCUGAGGGACCUGGCACCCGUACCACUUCAUUGAGUUAAAGUGGUCUGGGUGACUAUAGUGUCCCUUUUAAUAUUGGUGAUCCACAGAGAAGCAUUGGGAGGCUAGUGUUGAAAAACACGCUACAAAUGUGCUACAAAUUGUUGUGCUGGGUACAACCAGGUACCUCUCUAGGAGCAGUGUUCGAUUGAGAACAAUCCGGCUUGGUUCUUGCUGGAGAGGCAAUUGUCAGAAAGACGGGCACUAGCAGUGUGUUUUACUCUGCAAUAGAAAUACUGCAGUUCCUACAAAGCCGUUUCUUCUAAAAGGCUGCUACACCCAGACUAAGCUAUUGAGGUGAAGUCAUCCUUUUUAAUGGAAAACUGGUAAUCAAAAAAACACUGAGCUAAGAACUAAGCUGCAAGGCGUAAUAGAUGCAGCACUUGAUUGCUGAUCUACAGGAACACCUAAAGAGCGUAUUCCAGGAUAUCCUGUAAUCCCCCUAUUUUCACUCUCACAUGAGAAUGAAGAUAUGUCCUGGCUAAUUCAGCCCUGAUUGCAAAGGUGGAGGGAGAGUGUUGAAGUAUGUGUUCCAUUACCGUCUCCCCCUAGGUGCCACCAUGAUAAAAUGGAGAUCUCAGCCUGCACGUUUGUGAGAAAUCUACUGUUUGUUACCAUAAGACAUUGAGGUAACCUAUCUCGUAGUAACGUUGCGGAAAGACUUUAGUGAGAAGGAGAACAUUCUUCUCUGCCACAUAAAUCCGUUGAUUACAGGUCUCCGAAUCCUAUAAUUGCAAUGCUCAUUGACAUCCAUGUCAUUUACAUUAAACUACUUGCAAAUGUGUCUAAACAUAAAUAAGAAUGUCCCCUCUAAUUCUAUAGACCAGGGGUAGGCAACCUAUGGCACUAGUGCCAUGCACGGCACUCGAGGCUGCUAGAGCCAAACAGGCUCUGGCCUAUCAGGAGUCCCAGUAAAACAUCAGAUAUUUGCUAAUACGAAGAGGUGGUGAAGGACAAUCCUCAAUUUAGGCAUUGCAGCACGUAGAGGAAGUGAUCUCAGAGCACUUCAUUCCAGCACUUGUGAAUGGGAAUCCACACCGUAUUAGAGCAGCUCGCAGUUGUUGUUGCAGCUCCUGUCCUUGACCUGUACCUGGCUGGCCUGGUCCCCACUGGAACCCAAGGAAGCCACCCACACUGCUAGAUAUACACAGAAAUGCAGAAUAACCCUCCCCUCAUACAAAUAACACGGACAGCCCGCACACAGUCCGCACAAACGCAACACCACUAACAAUCCACAUACAUGCACACAACCUCACAUGCAGCCUCUCACAUGCAAUACCCCAAACAUCCCCCACACACUACCAAACACACAAUGUGACAUAUCCAUCCACACACACAAUUCCACAAGCAGCCCUCAUACACAGCCCUCAUUCAUAUUAUCAUACACGAUACCAUAAACUACUAAUGAACAUAUACAAUAUAAUAGCUCAUAUACGCACAAAUACAACGAUACAAAGCAAUUACAGUAAAAGUAACAAGCAGAAUACGGCAGCAUACACACCUCAAUUUAAAAAAAAAAAAUUUUUAAAAAAAAUAAGGACCGGCACGCUACGGGAUAUCACAAUCCUAUAUCGGCACAGUGCUGCUAAAAGGUUGCCUACCCCUGCUAUAGACUAAUGACCUGGUGUUUUAAGUACAGCAUAUAACUGCAUUUUAAUGAAGUUUCUCUAGAUUAUGAUGGCUUAUAUUGACAACCUUGAAUUAGUAGUGACUCCGAGCAUGUAUUUGGAUAUCAAAGGUAUUAGAAACUUUUAUUCCACAUUGGUUGUAUGUUAAAGGGGAAUUUAAAAUAAAGAAUGAGAUUAUUUUAGUCUAGGCUGUUGGUGUGAGUUUAAAAAUGGAGUGAAGGGCAUUGGUAAAGAGUAUUGUAUAAUAACUAUAAAUAAAAUUUCUGCGAACUCUCCAUCCUCUUAUCCUUGGCUAUUCCUAUCACUUAAUAAGCAUAUGGACUGCUGCUUAGUGCCGGUGUUAAUUAACAGGUCGUUUGACUAUUGAGAAGGGAAGUAUGCUUAGUUAUGUUUUCAAGGAUUCAGGUUUUAGUUCUAAGUUGCAAUACAUGUGGUUUCUUAUCACGUCUAAUGAAAUGCAUUGCUUCCUGAAUUACCUCUCUAUCUAUAUGUAUAUUUAUUUACAGCUUGUUCCCGGCUGUACACUGGAUAAGCACUGCGUGCCUCCAUUCCCACAUCUCUUGCAAAGCUUCCACAUGUUUUUGUGAACUUAAAGGAACACUCCCAAAGUAUAUCCACCACUACGAUUCACUGUAGUUGUUAUGGUGCCAAGAAUGUCCUGUUUCUAACCUUCUACCCAAUAGAAUAUACAGAUGCUGAAUUUAAUCAGUGCUUCUCUAUGAGGAGAUGCUGUUUGGAACAGCACACAGCUUUGUUGGGCAUGCACACUAGCUUCCCAAUGCUUUCCUAAGCGGAUGCAUUGGGUUGGAUGAGAUCAUCAAUCUUGAUGGUGUCAGCAGUGUGGCAAGGGAGUGGAUGUAAAUACAUUUUUUUUUUUUUUUUUAUAAAUACAUGGUGCAGGUUGUAACACAAAUGGUGACUAGGGCACUAUAGCAUUACGAAUACAUGUUUAUCUAUAGUGUUCCCUUUAUGGCCAAAAUAGAAUAAUAGCCGACUGAAUUUUUUUUCAGGGUGGUGGUUUUUGGCCUUAUAUUUGAACUUCUUAAUUUACUUAAAGGGAAACUCCGGGCACCCAGACCACUUCUGCACAUUGGAGUGGUCUGGGUGCCUUGCCCCUCUCCCCUUAGCCCUGUUAUUUAAAACACUGCGGUUUUGGAGAAAAGUGUUUUGAUUACAGAGCUAAUCCCACCUCUAGUUGCUGUCGGUUUCUGGAUUCUUACUGGACCAAAAGUGGUUUUAAAUGAUGUUCGAUGUCCUCACGCUCCCCUCUUGGGGAUGCGCACAUCACACCACGCGCAGUUGCGAUGUCGUUUUACCUCUACACAGAUUGGCGGGGCGCUGUGCUUGAUGCGAAUGCGCUCUAAGUUUUCAAUGCCUCCCAAUGAGAAUAAGCUGAUUGGAGGAGUGAAGCAAGGAAGAUCAGCUGACCAGAUGACGCGGUAGGGGGAGUAGACAACGGAGGCUCGAUGUGUGAUGCGGUGCUAGAAAUAAGGUAAGAAAGGGGAUAUUUGGGUAAUUUAUUUAUUUUUAUAGGUUAAAAGGGGGGUCACAAGGGUCCAAGGGAAGGGAAGAAUUGCGUUUAGGAUAACAAAUGGCUAUCUUUUCGGCCAGUAGAGUUUCUUUUUAAUUACCUUAAUAAUGUUAGAACUCCUAGGAACUGAUGGUUUCCUCCUCCACAAUUCUUUUUGUAAAAAAAAAUUAAGAAAAUGACAGUAGCCAUAUUUGUUACUAGUGAGGAUGUUUUGAGGUGGGGUCCCCCAACACACGCUUUUUGGGAGAGGGCUUUGGGGAAACAGAACUUUGCUGCACACACCUCUAUUAGUUCGGAGUGUAGAGAGAUUGCAUUGAAUAUCUAACUGUGCAGCUUGUGCUCGUUAUAGGCUAUACAUUCUUUGAGAUCCCGGAGAGAAUUAGUAGCACAUUCUUCAUAAGUGUAAAAAAAGGGGGGCGACCUGAUCUAGAGAGACAGGGGACAUGUCUUGGCAUAUUCCCACAUUUCUAUUACUAUAGGGGUCAUUAAGUGGUUUUUUUUGUUUUAGGCUCAGAAGAAGAAAAAAAGUCAGCUAUUUAAAAUCUAGCUGAAAUGUCAUCCAUCAUUAUCCGUCGUCCUGUUUUCAACGUGAGAAAUUGGGGGAUACAUUUCAAACAUUCUGUCUUUACCAUUCUACAAACAAGAUGUGCAUCAAAUUGACAUUGUUGACUUGUUUCCAGCUUGUCCCCAACACAAAGAACCCAUUAUUUUGAGGCUUCAGUUUCCAUUUACUAAAGGUCAGACUUGACGGUGCAGAGAUUUUUUGCUUUUGAAGAGAGCAUUGCGAGAAAUAAUGCAUUAGGGAAGGGAUAUGAAAUAAAAUGUGUACUAAAUGUGCAUCUAUUAUGCAAAGAUUGAUCUUAAAAUAUGCAAUAUCUGGUGUGGCAGCCAAAUUGCUGUCGAAUAAUAUAUAGAAUAAUUUCUGUUUAGAAUUAAAAAUAUAGUCUACUAAACCAUGUGUGUGUGUGUUAAUAAAAAAAAUAUAUUUCUAUUCCUGUUUCACUAACCACCCUUAUCCCAUAAACCCCUCCGCCCAUCAGCAAUGUAUUUGCACUGGGUUGGUCUUAAGCUGCAGUGUAUAUUGCAAAUUGCAACUUCUUUGAGCAACUGAGUGCAGGGAGGGUAUUUUCCAGGAUGUUUGGGGUGUCCCUUUUAUUGCAUAAAAUCAUUAAUUUGUGCAGUUGUUCUACCUGUUUAAGUGCAAACUGCGCUGUGAACAGUGCUAGACAAAUAAUAAUAAUAAUAAUAAUAAUAAUAAUCUGCACUUGAGAAAUUGAAAAGUGUGCAUAUAGGUGCUGCUGUCUGACAACUGCAAGUCAGGUUUCACAAUUGUAACUUUUUAAUCUUGCCUUUUACUAAAUCUGCAUUGUACAUGCAUUUUGACUAGCAUUAAUUAACUAAUCAAGAAUGCUUGUUCAGAGGAACUGGCAAUCUAGUGGAUUUUAUUCAUAUAAUUACAGCAGGUGCCAAAUAGCUUACAUUGCAUUUUAGGCACCCCUUUGAAGUGAUGAUACAUGGAAAAAGAACAGGCUUUCUGUGUUAAAGAAGGCUAUGGGUUUACAAAUGUAGCUUCUGUUCCUAAAAUAACCAAUGUACACACUGAAUGAAGAUCUGCCUGAUAUUGGCUUUUUUUUUCCCCCCCCCCAGUGUGAUGUUUAACAUUGAUUUAUCAGUGCUCUAUAAAAACUUGCUUUUUGUUUUACACGGCUUAUUAAUUGGGUUUUAUUGCUCAGAUGUUAUAACCAAUGUUUUGUAUAGGUGCAUGGUGCGCCUUUUUAAAACAGAAAUCUGUAUUUGCAUUUCUCUCUUUGAUGUGCUUUGUUGAAGUUGUCAACAAUCCGCUUGUUAUACAACUUCGAGCAGACUAGGUGUCCAGAGUGUUGACUAAACUCAACUAAAUUGUCAUAUCAUUGGGAUAUGUGUUUUAUGCAACACUUUAUCAGUAAUAAUGCAAGUGGGUUUAAUGCGCAUGCAUCGUGAGCCUAUUGGCACCUGCUGGAUGUCAGUUGGCUUUCUGACAGCCACUACAGGUAGUCUUAGUCCUGCAAUGUAAUCAUUGCAGUUUCUUUAAAACUGCAAUAAAUUACAUUGCAGGACUAAGGAGGACAAGGAUACUGCAUAUAGUGUCCCUUUAAAGGUUUACUUCAAGCAUUAUAACCACUCAAGCCAGCUGUAGUGAUUAUCAUACUAAGAGUACGCUAGCACUGUUUCCCAGUAAUGGGGCAGCCUAUUUUCUAUUUUAUUUUUUUGCAGUGGCCUGCAUCUUACCUGGGUCCCACCAGUUGUGGAGCUUUAAAUGAUCAUGGUUGAACCAAUGGGGACAACAUUUAUAUUGCUAAAGCAGAAUGGUAACUACUACCUUGAUAUCCAGAAGGUAUGAAAUACUGGAGGACCCAAGAAAGUGUCAAGUCAUUUGAAGACAAUUUGACUUUUGUGGGGUGCUCCUGGAACCAUAACCACUACUGCAUGCUGUAUUGGUUAUGGUGCUUAGAUUGCUGCUUUAAAGGACCACUAUAGUGCCAGGAAAACAUACUCGUUUUCCUGGCACUAUAGUGCCCUGAGGGUGCCCCCACGCUCAGGGACCCCCUCCCGCCCGGCUCUGGGGAGAGGAAAGGGUUAAAAACUUACCUUUUUCCAGCGCUGGGCGGAGAGCUCUCCUCCUCCGAUCCUGCUCCUGGGCUGAAUGCGCACGCGCGGCAAGAGCUGCGCGCGCAUUCAGCCCGUCGCAUAGGAAAGCAUUUACAAUGCUUUCCUAUGGACUCUUGCGUGCUCUCACUGUGAAAAUCACAGUGAGAAGCACGCAAGCGCCUCUAGUGGCUGUCAAUGAGACAGCCACUAGAGGCUUUGGGGGAGGGCUUAACCCAUUCAUAAACAUAGUAGUUUCUCUGAAACUGCUAUGUUUAUAAAAAAAUGGGUUAACCCUAGAAGGACCUGGCACCCAGACCACUUCAUUAAGCUGAAGUGGUCUGGGUGCCUAGAGUGGUCCUUUAAUUGUGGUUGUAACACGUCCUGUUCUUUAGCAUCUCUGUGCGUACAGAACUGGCUGCUCAUUGUAAAAGGCUACUAUUGUUGUAGAUAUUUGCAGGGAACAAAAAGUACCCACUGUGCAAACACUCUAAUGCCACAUGCAUCAUAACAAGUAUUUUAUGGCUUGCUGCAGCUUUUACAUGAUAUGAGAAGAAAGUUACAGGAUUUGAAAAUAAAAAUCAGAUUUUUUUUUUUUUUUCCUAUUCAGAUUUUGUUGUGUAAAAUCAGUUUAGUGCAUUGGCGCCACCCCCAAUUGUAAGUAGUCAAACCUUUUUGGCUUUUUAUGUGGGGUCUGCUGCUCCUAAGGGUUUUUAAGGAUUAAUCUAAAUCUCUUAGACUGUAAGAUAAUUUCAGCAGAGCCUUUUUACUUGUAGUCAGUCAGCUUUCUUUGUCAUUUACUUGUUAUUAAAUAACCCCAUUGUAUAAUUAAGCGUUGUACUAUAUAAAUAUCUGUAAUCAUUUACCAGACAUAUGUUACCAGUUUAGAUUUUAAAAUGAAUAAACAGACACUGGGUGUACUAGUCUUGUAGUCUGUGUAUAGAUAACCUUCUAUGAUCCUUUGACCCCUAACCUAUGGCCUCAAUCAGUUAUAUUCGAGCUUGACCAAACGGUGUCAGGAGUGAAUUUGCAGAUGUUGGUCCAAGGUGGUAGUUUGAAUCCCAUUACAAAUACUGUUUCCGGUCUAUUCUCAUACGUAAAAUUUGAUUUUGUGCCUUGUUCUUUUAUGCAAUAUCUGUGCGGAGAAUGUAAUGAGUACUGUGUAUUAUUAGAAAUCAAAAGGGCAUUUGCGGCUGUACAGCAGACAGGCUGCUUUUAACGCAAUACACAUGUUUCAUACCAAGCCACCAAAAAUACCUCUUUUAUUCUCAAGAGAACCCUAUAAAUAGCUUUAAUAAGAAACAUUACAUCAGGUUCUAUAUAAGAUAAUAUAAUGGGCCUGACCAUUCCAUGUAUCCAUUGUGGCUUAAAUUCAAUCUCUGUAAUUGUGCUCCACUAGAAUGGGGAAGAUUUGACCAUGAACUGUUUUUAUGUCUAACAUUGUGUCUGUGAUCUGGUGAAUCCCAGAGGAAGGGUGGAGGGGCAGAGCAUACUGGCAUUGAUCAAUCACUUUGUUUGACUCUCUGAUAAGGGAUGGGGGUAGGAAGCAUAUUAUUUUAAGCAGUGUGUAAUGUAAUCCGAUAACCUUUUUCGCAAGUGUGCAAUGAAGGCAUUAUUGCAUAUCAAUGGAUGCAUUUUGAUCGAAAAUAGUUUUUUGUUUGUAAUUUUUAUAUUUUUGAAUGAGUUAUUGUAUAUUCAUCAUGUUUUGCUUGGUGGCGGGAGUAUUUUAAAUGGUUACUGCCAGCGUCAUGGCUGCCUCACUGAUUUGAAGUAGUCAUGGUGCCUAGAGUCUGUGUAGCACGUCUUAAUAAAAAAAAAAAUAUAUAUAUAUAUAUAUAUUUUUAUUUUUAUUUUAUUUUAUUUAUUUAUUUAUUUAUUUAUUUUUAUCGUGCAGACCACCACAGCAAGAGUUUCCCUAACAAAGACAUGUUGUAAUUAAAUCUUUUUUUUUUUUUUUUUUAAAACAGUUAUUUAGUAAAAGUCCCCUGAAAUAACAGUGAAGGGUAACUUUAAACACCAUGAAUCCUUCAGCUUAUUGUAUUGGUUAUAGUGGGGGCCAUCUCCCAGUUGGGGAAGAGUUGGUUAGAGAACAAAGUAGUGAUUUGUCUUGUUUUAAAUUUGUUACUCAAACUAUUUUCUGGGCUGAUUUCAUUGCUGUUGAAAGCACAUCACCCAGAGUUUUAACUUAAGUUUAUUUACUAGGGAUCUCUUAUGCCUUCAUGCAUACCACACAUUGCUAUGAGAUUUAUUGUUGUGGAUGCAAUCUUUGAGUUGUCAGAUAAGAGAGAAAGGGAAAAUGGGGCAUGUCAAGUCUGUAUAUAGAUUCUUUGACAUUGAUGAGUGGCUGUGUGGAGAAUAUAUAUGAUCUAUUAUGGUUAUCUAUGCUGCCUCCUUACACAGAACAUGAUGUAUUUUAACGGUUGCAAUGUAAUCAUGCGAAUAGUUACAGUCGAAAAUAUACAUAUUUGCACUUGUCUGUUCUGGUUGUUGGUGUAUUUAAUUUUUUCUUUGUCAUUAAGACAUUUUGAAAAAAUUUAGUCUAACUGUGUAAACAAUGAUCUUUAUAACUUGUUAAUUAUGUAACAGCUCGGUAACGUAGCUGGGGAAAACCAAAUUUACACACAGAGCCUGAGUGCAUGUUGAGACCUGGGGAUUGCGUAGUUAGGCAGGGUUGUGUCAACUUUCUGUCUUGCUAAGUAUUGGAGGCUUUGCUAAUAGAAUUGAGCUAUGUUCGGAUAUUUGAGAGCUUUAACCCCUUAAGGACACAUGACGGAAAUAUUCCGUAAUGAUUCCAUGUUAUUCCAGAAGUUGUGUCUUUAAGGGGUUAAUUUCUUCUUUCAUUAUUGUUUUGGAGGGUAUUGUACAGAAGGAGUCCACUGUGCUCAUCUGCAACAGAGUGUAUACUGAAACUUGGCACGGAAUGCUUUAUAGAUUGUUUACUUUAUCUUACAUAAUUUACUUCUGUCAUACCAAAAACAAUACACACACUUGAAAAUGUACUUUUGGCUCACCAGUCAUAUUGAGUGCAUUUGUUACAUUAAUUUGUUUUAAAGCUCUUAAUACCAUCAAACCGUUUAACUACAAAGUGGUUUCCAAGGAAAAAGUACGGGUUAUGUUUUGGAAAGUAAGUUUAUUAAUUUUUUGGGUGUGCAUGCAGUUGGCAUAGGUAGCGCAUGAAAUGGCACAAACAACAACAACAACAACAUAACAAGAAACCGUUUUGCUGUGGAUUGCAGUUCGGUGACAUCCAAAAAUAAAAUAAAUUAAUUUCCUCUCCUCGAUGUUAAAUUGGUUGUCUGCCCACAAUCUCACCACAGCAGCACGUGCUAUUCCAUUACUGGGGCUGUAAACCCUUACUAAACCACCUUGUGACCAUCACCUGUUCCACUGCCUAGACAUUUUAUAGACACUAGUCAUCUUCUGUCUAUACAUUGUUUUAAAAAUCUAGUUACUAGCACCUCAACCCCGGUCAGUACUUCCAUAUAAUAUUUAGAGUGCAGUUUCAAAUCCUGAAUCUGCCCUACAUUUGUAUCUGCUUACCACAAGCUGUAUACCUAAAAGUCUCACAUGCAACCCAUUCAUGUUCCCCUGCUAUGCCAACAACCUUGAUUUGUCCUCCACGGACAUACUCGCCUCCAACUCUCAGCUGCAUGACUUUUUUUGGCUGUCCGAGUGGUGCCCUACCCUAAUUUGUCUUCCCUUCUGGAUACAUUAUACGUUUUGUAUGUCUAUAACCCACUUCCAAUAGACAAAGCUUGUUUUUAUAAGAGUCCUCUAUGCCUAAAUUAGUCUCAUUGAUUACAAUUGUUCUUUGUUUACCCAUUGUGUAACGCUGCACAAUAUGCUGCCACUUACAUUUAAAAAAAAAAAUAAUAAUAAUCUACAGAAAGCAUUUAUUUAGUUACAAGUCCCCUGAAAUAACAGUGAAGGGUAACUUUAAACACCAUAAAUCCUUCAGCUUAUUGUAUUGGCUAUAGUGGGGGGGGCUAUCUCCCAGUUGUGGGGGAUGCAGUGGAUCCAAUUUAAAUGUUACCCAGGGACCAGCCUGCUUUGUAUUGACAGAUCUAAGAGGUGAAGCUUACAGUCUAAGCUCGUUGCAAAUCUAUCCACACUUGGAUUGCACCAAUGGUUUAUAAGUGCUCGAGACUCCAUCUCACAGCCUCAUGUCAUUGCAGUACAAGGUUGUACAGCGGUGUAUGUAUGAUGCAGAAGUAAAGACUUUAAAUUCUGUUUUGUCAAACCACUCAAAAAUGGUUUAUCAAAAAACAGGGUGUUUGACCCCUAGAUGCUUUGUGUCGUAAUAACAAGAAGUUGCAGUGUUUUUUCUGUUGCUUGGUGUCCCUUAUUAUAUUUACUGAUGGGUUUUAAAUAUCUGCUCCCAAUCAAGAGAUGAUUAAGCAGACCUAUUACUUCUGAACUGUGUAUAAGUUUGUAACUCCAAUGAAAUUCUAGCACAAUCAAAGGAUAUCCAUAUCAUAAACUAGAGAGUACUAGACAUGGUCAAAGCAGACAGACCAUUUAUUUCUGACUGCCUUGACAGCCAUUGUGACUGUCCAGUGGAAGAAAUUGUAUCUUAUUGCGCAAUGUGCAUGUUAUCCAUUUGCAACUAGUUGUGCACGCAUGAAAAUAUCUGUGCAAAGUUUGCAAAGUUGAACCCGUACCUGACAUGCCAGGAAGAAGGAAGAUGUGGCAUUGAGCAGUUAGACUCUGCAGGGUUUCUUUCUGUAAUUAGAAUUCAAAGUGAAUUUCAUAUUUAAAGGGACACUCCAGGCGCCAAAACCGUUUAAUCUAAAUGAUGUUAUGGUGCCAGAAGGUCGCUGGAGGCACUCUAAUCACUAGCAGUUUUACCCUAUGUUGCCACCAGAGGCAAUCCGGCUUCUGACUUUUCUGAUUCAAGAAGCAUGAAGUGUGCCGAUGGGCAGGGGCGCUGCGUUUUGGCUGUGACCAUUUAACCUAUUGAGGUAUGAGGGCCUCCUGGCACCAUAACAACUUAAUUUUGAUGAAGUUGUUUUGGUGCUUUGAGUAUCUCUUUAAAGCCAGAGAAGCUGAAUGGAAAGCCUAGCUGACUUAAAAAAUGUUUCCAGUUCUGCAUUUUAGACCUUUAAUUUUGAGAUUCAUGUUGCAUUUGCACAUUAUUGUACACCCCUGCUAGUAGUGUUCCUUAUCCCUGUAGGAUCUUUGCAAAUAAAAUAUAACAUGACCUUUACAGGUGAGAGGGCCUCUUUCAAAUUCAAAAUUACACACUUUACAAGUAAAAUGGCAUUAAUAUCAAUAUUCGUUUAAUACAAAAAGGACACAAUGUAAAGUUUGUGAGAGGUAGAUCUAUGUAAUUGGUUUAAUGUCUUGUUUUACCUCUUGUACAGCACUGAGGUAUAUGUUUUUGCGAUUGACUUAUAGAUCACCCCCCUCUCCUCUUCUAACAAACUGUAGUAACAGUUGCAGUAGUAGUCUGAGCAUGAUAUGUUAUUGUGCAUGUUUGCAGAUACGUACUGUUCUACGCUUACGCCACCUUAGAAGCAAAGCGAACUAUACCUUUUUUUUAUUUAUUUUUUUAAAUCUAUACUAUGUGCAAUGAAUUGUGGAAUUGUUUUCUUGGCAAUGCAAUGUGGCUCUAUAUUCGAUAAUUCUGAGCUUCAUACCAUUUGAAUACUCCCAUAGACACUCCUUGGCAAACUUAAAUUGUUGGAUAUGUUUCCCAGUUAUGUAGCACUCCCCCGUGUCAUACCAAAAAGAAAAUCUAAAAUCUGGAAUGUACUUGCACCAAUUGUAAACUAUCCUUCUCACACUGCAUUGUAGAUCACGUAAAGUGAGUUUAUGACCUAAAAACUAAAUGCAUUUAUUUUUUCCUUUUAAAGAGCUCUUAGAAAGAGUAGCCAUUAGCUAAGCAAACCUUUUGGGAGAAUUCUAACCUCUGACAUUGUUAAAGAUGACUAUUUAUUAUUUUUUAGAAUCUACAAUAUGCAUGAGUGCAUAGCAAAGCCUUAAUUCAUUAAAGGAGAAUUGUCAUCACUUACUAUUCCUAAUAAACCAUAACCACUUUCCUUUAAUGGAUGACUACUUCUAAAAAAAUCAGCCACCAGUCUGUCCUCAGAGGGAGAGCAUUCAGCUGCUGAGCUUUUGAGGAAUUUUCCUUCUAUAUUGUCCAAGUAUUUGGACAUCAGGAGCGUGCAUUACAUGCUCACACAGUGCAGUGAUAGACUUUUGAGAACUAGACUAUGUAAGAAUUGUUCCCCCAGAAUCACUUUAGACAUUUCAAGAGCUUUUGAAGUGCAGAAAAUGCUGCAGUGAUUAGGCCCUGACAACUGUUUGAAAGCCUAUCAUUGCAAUUCAUGCUGAUUUUUUCCAAAAUAUGUGGGCACGUUAUAAGGAAAGGGAAUUGGUUACCAUUUCUUUUAAUUCUACGACCCCAGCCCACCACAUGACCAUAUUUGUCUGUGACCAACAAUAUCUACAAUGUUUCUAAAUUUCCUGACUAUGUCAAAAACGAUGUGACUAAAGCUUUGUAUACUUAUUUAUUUUAUUCAGAAAUAUGUAUUUCUUAUGCUUAUUGUUUUAAGUUUGUUACAUAUAACUUUUCAAUCGCUGUAAUAUUUGCCAACAGAUGUCCUUGUCAAAUCUGACGUGAUACACCCACUCUUGUGUUACUGUUUUGACAUGUACCCUUUUGUACGCUUCAUUUUGUUUAAGAUGACAUACCUGGGGAUGUGCGUGAUUCAUUAUAAUUUUUUUUUACAAUAAGUUAAUAAAAUAAAAAACAAAACGUGAAAUAGCUGAUCAUGGCAGCUGGUAAGAAGGGGAGUUCGAGGUGCACCUAUAGUCUGAUAGCAGUAUUACACCUUCAAUAAGCUGCAGUGCUUAUGGUGCUUUGUUACCCUUUUAAUUUAGGGCCUACAUCUAUUUGUAACUAAUGUUGCAUGCAUACAUUUAGAAUUGUGUAUAAAUGAAUCUGUAAAACAAUUCUGGAAUGAAAUAGGAAACUGGUUAACAGAAGUUUGGCGACUGUAAAAUUUGAUUUUGUUGGGUGCAUAAAGGAACACUCAAAGCAUUCUAUUUUAUGAUAGUGGCUAUUAUGCAGAACGUUUUGAGCAGGCUUGCUAGUUAAUGUCUGUUUCGAGAAGUUGAACUAAACCAAGUGAUCUCUCAACGUCAUUCUCUCCUACUAAGCCAAUUGUUUACAAAAAUGUGCGUGCCAAGGGCAGGUUAGUCAAAUGCUCUCCGCCUAUUGCUGCUGCUUGUAAUUGGACAGAUUUAAUCCAAAAUGUUUAAUUUUUUGUUUGUUUGUUUUUUACUACUCACAAACUGACAGCUUCUGAAGACUGUUUUCUUACUACUACACUGAGCUGCGGUAAGCUGGUAAGCCCGCACUGAACGUGUCCUCUCUUGGCCUUUCAAAGGGUUCUGGCCUGGGUUUUGAUGGGCCAGUCUGGUUUUAGCGGUGUGCCCAGAAAGAUUGUGUUAAGAUGGUUCAAGACUUUUAUUAAAACAAACUUGGUUGUGCACCAUAUUUGUUUCUGAACAAGAGCCUGUCCAUGCAGAAUUUCAGGGUACACCUAACCACCAGACCUCCGAUGGUCAGAAAUCUUCGUCACUCCAGAUGCUGUGGACUGCAUUAUCGCUGCAAGAGCAUCAUGUGAGAUGUAGUCCAUAACAUUUGGAGUGCCGAGGGUUGCCUAUCUCUACUCUAGAUCAUGGUUGUUGGUGUCUAAGUUUAAAGGGUUACUAUUACCAACAUGACCACUUUCAGUAGUCCUGGUGCUUGACAUUUGUAUGUGUAGCAUUACAUUGUGAAACACUGCACAAACCGAAACCAUUAAAGGGACACUAUAGUCACCAGAACUACAGCUUAUUGAAUUUGUUCUGGUGAGUAGAAUCAUUACCUUCAGGCUUUUUGCUGUAAACACUGUCUUUUCAGAGAAAAUGCAGUGUUUACAUUACAGCCUAGUGAUAACUUCACUGGCCACUCCUCAGAUGGCUGUUAGAGAUCCUUCCUGGGUCAUGGCUGCCUAAAAUGCAUCCAAACAUUCAGUAUCUCUUCCCUCUGCAUGCAGACACUGAACUUUCCUCAUAGAGAUUCAUUGAUUCAAUUAAUCUCUAUGAGGAGAUUCUGAUUGGCCAGUUCUGUGUUUGAAUCAUGCUGGCUCUGACCCUGAUCUGCCUCUUUGUCAGUCUCAGCCAAUCCUAUGGGGAAGCACUGUGAUUGGAUCAGGCUACCACUUCUGAUGAUGUCAACAGACUGCUGUUUUUUUUUUUUGGUUUUGUUUUUAGGCAAACAGCAUGCUUGAAUACAGUAAGAUUUUGCUAUAUUUAUGGAGGCAUGAGGUGUCCAGGGGGGCUAGAUGGUGGUUUUAGCACUGUAGUGUAAGGAAUACAUGUUUGUGUUCCUGACCCUAUAGUGAUGCUUUAAUAAUGUUAUUCCCAGUGGCGUACAUACCAGGGUCGCAGGGGUCGCGGCUGCGACCGGGCCCGGCCCGGCCGCCCCUGCGACCCGGUGUGUACCCACUGGGCCAGCCUCUUCCCCUGGGGGGCCCAGGAGCUGACCACCCCAGGGCCCCCCCGAGGCUGGCCCUGCUGACACCCGGAAGGCGGGUGGCCGGUCGGGCGGGCGUGCGAGGGAGCACUCAGUGCUUCCUCUUCAGCUCCUUCGCGCACCGCACUGAUACCGGAGCCGGAUGAUGACGUCAUCUUCCGGCGCCGGCAUCCCUACGCGGCGCGCGAGGGAGCUGAAGAGGAAGCACUGAGUGCUCCCUCACGCGCCCGCAUGCCUGCCUGACCGGCCACCCGCCCAGCAGCCCCACUGGACCCCAGGAAAUCCCCCCCAGCACUCCAAAAGGUAAGGAGGCUGGGGGGGAUUACAUUUCAAAAAAAACAAACGAGUGUUUGAGUGUUUGAGUGUGUGAGUGUGUGAGUGUGUGAGUGUGUGAGUGUGUGAGUGUGUGAGUGUGUGAGUGUGUGAGUGUGUGAGUGUGUGAGUGUCUGUGUGUGAGUGUCUGUGUGUGAGUGUUUGAGUGUGUCUGCUAGUGUGAGUGUUUGAGUGUGUCUGCUAGUGUGCGUGUUUGAGUGUGUCUGCUAGUGUGCGUGUUUGAGUGUGUCUGCUAGUGUGCGUGUUUGAGUGUGUCUGCUAGUGUGCGUGUUUGAGUGUGUCUGCUAGUGUGCGUGUUUGAGUGUGUCUGCUAGUGUGCGUGUUUGUCAAUGAGAGUGUAUGUAUGUCUGUCGCUGACUGUGUCUCUGUCAGUAAAUGUGUGUGUCUGUUAGCUAGUGUGUAUGCGUGUGUGUGUGUGUGUCUUCAGCACUUACCUUUCUCCAGCGCCGGACUCCCUUGGCGCUGAGGAUCCCUCAGCUCCGAAUGCGACCGCGCACGCAUUCAAACCGCCCAUAGGAAAGCAUUACUCAAUGCUUUCCUAUGGACGUUCAGUGUGCUCCUCUAGCGGCUGUCAGUGAGACAGCCACUAGAGGCUGGAUUAACCCUCAGUGAAACAUAGCAGUUUCUCUGAAACUGCUAUGUUUUCAGCUGCAGGGUUAAAACUAGAGGGACCUGACACCCAGACAACUUCAUUGAGCUGAUGUGAUCUGGGUGUCUGUAGUGGUCCUUUAAAGGACCACUAUAGUGCCAGGAAAACAUACUCGUUUUCCUGGCACUAUAGUGCCCUGAGGGUGCCCCCACCCUCAGGGGCCCCCUCCCGCCCGGCUCUGGAAAGGGGAAAAGGGGUAAAACUUACCUUUUUCCAGCGCUGGGCGGAGAGCUCUCCUCCUCCCUCCUCUUCUCUCCCCCCGGCUGUAUGCGCGCGCGGCAAGAGCUGCGCGCGCAUUCAGCCGGUCACAUAGGAAAGCAUUCAUAAUGCUUUCCUAUGGUGGCGUGCUCUCACUGUGAAAAUCACAGUGAGAAGCACGCAAGCGCCUCUAGUGGCUGUCAAUGAGACAGCCACUAGAGGAAUAGGGGAAGGCUUAACCCAUUCAUAAACAUAGCAGUUUCUCUGAAACUGCUAUGUUUAUGAAAAAAAUGGGUUAACCCUAGCUGGACCUGGCACCCAGACCACUUCAUUAAGCUGAAGUGGUCUGGGUGCCUAGAGUGGUUCUUUAAGUGUGUGUGCAUCUGCAUGCACUGGCGUACAUACCGCGGUCGCAGGGGUCGCAGCCCUGUAACCCCUGUGACCAGGUGCCCACCGCCAUGUGUUGCGGCCCGGCCCGCACGCGGGGGGGGGGGGCACGGAUCAGUUUUCGCACCGGGGCCCCAUGGGUCAUGUGUAUGCCACUGGUUACUCCACCAACUGCAGCAUUAUAAGCCAGCCUGACAUUGCUAAUGUCAAUUCUGUGCAUAAUUUAUGUACCCAUUUUCUCCUUUGGGUAAGUCCUUGAGGUUUUUUCAUCUAGGAUUUUGUAUGAGAAAUUUUCUUUUUAUAAAAUCGUAAGCAAACUUUUUCCUUAUUGCAAAUGCUAUCUUUGUGCUGGGACCUUGCAUUGAGAUCCCAAUCAAUGUGAGAUCCUGUCCUAUACCAGCUCACAUGAGAAACUUCAAUUUCAAACAUAAUUCUUAUUUUAUUUUGUGACCUUUUGAUGCCUCAUUUCCCAAUUUGUUUUUGUUUUACUUUUUAAAAUGCAUUUUAAAUAUAAUUUUCUGUGAAUGGCUUGUAGGAGUCGACAUAACAUGUUUUUAUGUUGUGGCUACAUAAUUUGAUUAGAAUUUACGUGUCUUCAGCUGGCUGCAGAUGUUCUUUUUAAAAAUAUGUUUUAGAACAUUUUUUUUGUUUGUUUUUAAUAACCAACUUGACUGUGCUUUAACUGAAAACAAAGUUAUUAGAUCUUAUUUUCUGACACCCUUUUCCUUAUAAAAAAGUAUCCUUUGGCAAUAAUUUGGUUUAAUUGAUUAAAAACAAAUGAAUAAAGUUACAUACAAGUUGUUGUUUUUUGUUUUGUUUUUCCUAUUAACUUCUAUACCUGUUUGAGUUUCCUUGAAUAAAGACCAUUUUGUCUGGAUCUCCCCAUACAAACACCAUCAGUUUGUAAACAUACUCUGUAAUAGCUUUAACCCCUUAAGGACUUGACUGUUUUUGCGAUGUUGUAUAUUUGCGACCAGGCAUAUUUUUACACUUUUGUGGUGUUUGUUUGGCUGUAAUUUUCUGCUCUCUCAUUUACUGUUCCCAUACAAAUUAUAUAUUUUUUUUUCAGGACAAAAGGGGCUUUCUUUACAUACCAUUAUUUAUAUAAUCUCAUGUAUUUUAAUUUAAAAAAAAUAUGAUGAAAAAUUUUAAAAAAUACAUGUUUUUUUGACUUUUACUUGAAAAAUCUUUUACUCAUCUACAAAAGCGAAUGAAAAAAACUGCUAAAUAGAUUCAAAAUUUUGUCCUGAGUUUAAAAAUACCCAGUGUUUACGGGCUUUUUUUUUUGCAUGUUAUAGGGCUAUAGGUACAAGUAGGAUAUUGCGGUUUCAAAACAUACAUUUUUAAAAUGUAUCAAUAGUGACAUUGUAACACUAUCUGUCAUAAAUCUCUGAAUAACACCCCACAUGUACAUAUUUUUUUUUAAAGUAGACAACCCAGGGUAUUCAAUAUGGGGUAUGUCCAGUCUUUUUUAGUAGCCACUUAGUCGAAAACACUGGCCAAAGUAAGCAUUCAUAUUUGUUUGUGUGUGGGGAAAAAAGUAAAAAAACAAAAUUGAACGCUAAUUUUGGCCAGUGUUUGUGACUAAGUGGUUACUAAAAAUGACUGGACAUACCCCAUUUGCAAUACCUUGGGUUGUCUUCUUUUGCAAAUGGUAUGCCAUCAUGGGGGUAAUUCUCAUUCCUGGGCUACCAUACGCUCUCAAAGGCAAUGUAACCAACCUGGCCAUUUUCAAUGUAAAAAUAUUUGACCCAUAUAUUUGACCCUGUAACUUUCAAAAAUGCUAUAAAACGUGUACAUGGGGGGUACUGUUUUACUCGGGAGACAUCGAUGAACACAAAUAUUAGUGUUUAAAAACUGGAAAACUUAUCACAACAAUUAUAUCAUCGGUAAAAGUGCUGUUUGUGUGUGAAAAAUGCAAAAAAAAGUCACUUUCACUGACUAUAUCAUCGCUGUGAUAUGUUUUACUGUUUUGAAUCUCUAAUAUUUGUGUUCAGCGAAGUCUCCCGAGUAAAACAGUACCCCCCAUGUACAGGUUUUAGGGUGUCGUAGAACGUUACAGGGUAAAAUACAGUGCUAGCAAAUUAAAUUCUCUGGACUUUCGGCCUGGGUUGGCAGGCAGGUCCCUCAAAUUGCAAUCAAUAAAAUGACUUAAUUAUGUAAAAAUAUUACAUAAAUACGCACGUAGAAUUUAAAUAUAUAGGCAUAUUUAUAUAUUUGAAAUCUACGUGUAUAUUUAUAUAAUUUAUGUAAUUUUGUAUAUGGACAUAUGUAUAUUUCGUAUUUUUAUUUAUAUAUAUAUAUACAUAGAUAUAUAUACAAAUUCAUUCUAAGUGUAUUUUGAUAUAAAUAUAUAUAUAUAUUAAUUUUAAAAUAGACUAAAAUUUCAUAUAGAUAUAUAAUUUUUUUCAAUUUUUAUUUAAAAAAAAUUAAUUUAAUUUAAAUUACUUAUUAUUUAUAUUUUAUUAUAAUAUAUACAAUAUAUAGUUAUAAUUAAAUUACACACGUGUAUAUAAGUAUUUUUAUAUUAAUAAGUACAUAUUAAUAUAAAAAUACACUUAGUAUGACAUAUAUGAUAUAUAGACAUAUAUUAUAUAAAUAUAAUAUGUCUAUAUAUUAUAUUUUUUUUAUAUAUAUAUACACACACACACACAUAUAAUUUUUUUUUACUUUUAAUUAACAUUAACUUUAUUUUUUUUAUUUUUUUUAUUUUACACAUGCAGGAAAACUGCCUGUCAGUACAGACAGUCCCCCUGCAGGCAGACACAUGGACACCUAUUGUGACCAUGUGAUCGCUCUGAGCGAUCACAUGUCCACAGGGGUCCUAAUUCAGUGUGGGGAGACUGUCUGUCUGGGCUGCAGGCAGUCUCCCCACAACGGGAGCACCGCUGAUCGCCGCCAGGGGAACGACGGAGGUCAGGUAAGUAACUAGGACGGUUCAGGACCGUCAUCGGUCGGCAAUGGGAAAAUGCCGAUGACGGUCCUGAACUGUCCUCGGUCCUUAAGGGGUUAAAUUAGUCCCAUUGUUUCAACUGUGCAAGCCAAUCAUGUAAAACAUACAUAUCCUAUAAACCCACACCGUGCUGAUCCUGGCACUACCAUGGAAAACUGUGAGAGUGCAAGGAUUGACUUCCAGCUUCCAGCUACUUUCUAAUGUGAUGAGGUUUCUUUAUUUCACCAUGUCUUAUAUAUGUAAAGUAUUAUUUGUGAUCGUCAAACAAUCUGUCUGCCAGUGCUCCCAUUAAACCUGUGAGGUGAAUGAAUCCCCAUGUAAACCGUUAAAGCAACUUUAUCACUUCUGAGUAUUUUGUACCUAUAUAAUCUUUAUGAAAUACUCAUGUUGCCUGUGGUGGAAUUUCAGUGAAAUUUACAGGCAAUCCAAAAAUACCACUGGACAAAGUAGGAACUGAUUUAUCUUACGGUAAAAUCUAAGGUUGACAAAAGAUGCAGCCCUGCCGGUACAUGGAGACUCCGUGGUUUCCUAAACCUCAGUGUUGCAUUCUCACACCUGUGUGAAGAUUGGAAAAGCGUGGCAGUAGCGAGUAUGCAUACCUUCCAUUGGACCUGAAGCAAACGCCCCUAAAAGUGACAGAUCUGCUUUAAGGACCUCCACUGUCUUAAAGGAACACAAACCUGUAUUCCUGACACUAUAGUGCUGAAGUGGCUGUUUAGGUGACUGCCCUCUCUGUCUGUGUAGUGGAACUGGUGAUUUUAGUCACAUUUUCUCCCCCGCCCCGUCGGUCUUGCUGCGCAUGGCUCGGCCUCCGCCUCUUUAGUUUAAGAAGUGCCUUAAAACUCAUUUCUUUAGGAAAGCCUAUGGCCUCCUAGACUAACCACUACCCCACAUACCUGCCUCUUGUCCUCUCCUAAAGGGCAGCGCUCUGCUCCACUCCCACCUAAUUUGACUUUUAUUCCCUGUCCUAAUGUGUCUUAUACCCCACCUCCUAUAGACUGUAAGCUUGUUUGAGCAGGGCCCUCUUCAACCCUUCGUUUCUGUGAGUUUUCUGUUGGCGCUAUAUAAAUCGUAAUAAUAAAUAUGGCUGAGAUAUCAGUCUUGAUUAUCUUAGCCAGUCCAAUGCUUUCCCAUUGAAAGGCAAAAUGCCACUCGGCACUAAUCCACAUCCCCUUAUAGAGAUGCACUGAAUACAUGCAUGUCUAUGAGGAAUGUUCAGUGUCUCCUUUCAGGGUGUGGAUACUCUAAAUGCCACUUUGCAGCAUGGACUAAGAAGCACCUCUAGUGACCAUCUGAAUGACAACCACUAAAGGUGUUAAUAGGCAGUAAUACAAACACUGCCUUUUCCCUGAAAAGCUAACAUUGCAGGGACAGUGUGUCCAGGGACCAGUGGUUUUAGACUAUAGUAUGUUCAAUAACCAUUCAUUCCAUAAUCAUCAUCUUUUCAGUUUCUAAACCACUAAGGGAAAUCAUAAUUAUUCAUAAUCCGUAGUUGUAGAAAACCCAGUUACAAAUUAAUCAAGCUGAUAUUCUGGGCCAGAGGAAAUGUCUCUAAGAUUAUGAUAUUGUUUUUUGCAUAACUCAGUCUUCCUUAUUAAAAUGUUUGGAAAAUCAAACUUUUUUAUUUUGGCAGCGAUUGCUUUAUAUUUACUUUUUAUCCUGUCCUAGGGAACAGAAUAACACACCCUGCUAUUUUGGAAUAACACUAGAUAAUUGGUUAUUUCCAGUUGUUUUUCUUUCUUUUUCCUGAAAAGCAUUGUGUUGGCAAAAAGCCACCUAAAAAAAACAAAAACAACCAAAAAACAACAACCCAGAGAGAAAGUUAUUUAACCUGUUAGACAAAAUACUUCUAUUGAAAAAAGAAUGUUACAAAAAUAAAAUGUAUCAAGCUGGCGCGGUCCUUCUAGCCUUGAACUGGUUAAUGAACAGCUGUUUUGGAGUUCUGUUAAACCUCGUGUGAUGUCAUUUCCAGCCUGGCCAGCUCUAUGAUUUGUCAUGGUGGGGGGGGUGUUAAGAGUAGUCCAUGUGCUGUCCCAGGACCCUGUUUACUUAAUACUCUGUGCCAAUAAAGGCCUGGUUUAAAUAGGACCUCGAUGAGACUUCCCAGCCCACAUGAGAAAACGAUUGCUGUCGAAUUUCUUUGUCUGAUGAAAGUCUGUCGUGGAGAAUGAGACUGCAUUAUGCCUUUCCUUUUAGGUCUGAGACAGGUACAGUCCUUUAGCCAUAUGGUCUUAAACCCUGCUAGGGGGAAGGGUGGCGUUGAGGAUUUUUUACCUUUUCAAAAAAAAAAAAAAAUUUAUUUAGGAAUUUUUGUUUGUACUUAACUGGAUUUAUUUUAACAGCAAAUAUUAACAGCUUCAGAGAUGUGUUUUGCUUAGUUUUAACUCUGUGUGUAACAGAUCAGUGUCCAGCAUAUUUUCUUACAGGCUUUAUUGGAAUGAAAAAAAAAUAAAAAAAUUCUCACCUCUUGCAGUUAAGGUGGGUGACCUUUUCCCUUUGGAUUUCAGGGAGUUAAUUUCUUGUCUUUUUUGAAUACCCUCUACUAUACAUUACAGAUCUUUACGAUCUUUCUUGUUUGACCUUUAAGUUGCACUUCAUUAAUCUGUUUUGUGUCCCAUCUGUGUAAAUACCUAAAGUAAGGCCAUGCAUUUUGCUUGCUGAGCUGAAAACUGACUUGCAGUUCUUAAAAAAUAAAUAAAUUAAAAAUAAUAAAAAAAUAUAUAUUUUACUGUAUAUGCCCCAUAAGGGCGAUAGGUAAGGCAAACCCAGUGUAUCAUGCCUAUCCUGGCAAAUCCCGCCAUGAUGGGAUCAAUGAUGUAUUCCAAUAUUGUUAUAGAUUUUCAGCUUGUGAUGCAGUGGUGUCGUUUGCUAUCCUCUAUUUGUACUUUUUACGCUGAUGCAAUUCAUGUACAGUGAAUCUUAUUUGUAUUUGUCAUAUUAUGCAAUAUUACCAUUCACUGUAUGUAUAUGUAUUCAAUUAAAGAGAGUCCAUAGAACGGUGUCUUGUAAACGUUGUAAAAUAUACUAAAGUAUAUUUCCAUAAAGAAGUUACCUGUGGUUUUGAGAGAUUUUUAUUUAAUUUUUGCUUUUCAUUUUCACAUUUUAAUUCUAGUUGUUUGUUCUUUGCAUCCUGCAGUUUAAAGAACCAUUUUACCAAUUGAAUGAUGUUUGGACGUGGUUUUAUUUAUUUAUUUAUACUGCAAAAACCUGUACCCUAAAGGAUUGAAUGCACAAGUCUGCAAACUUUUGAUCAUUGGUGCUGAAAGGAGCACGUCACAAGAUUUUAUGUAUUUUUUAAAAUUUGCAAUUUAGUAAAUCUAACCCCAGUGAAACAUGCAUUUAUUUAUAGGGGUGUAUCUAAAAAAGCUGUGCAUUUUCUGCCUGCAACCUUUGCAUGCCCUCCCCUUGUUUCCCAGCACAGAUUUGUCUGAUCUGGGAAAAUGACAAAUCAGAAGCCUCUGAUUCUCUGCCGCGCUCUUUUAGCCACAUGGUGUGUGGGGGAGGAACAGCAGAGGAUGGAGGACCAGAGGUGCAAUGAGUUCUGUGGAUGCACGCGCAUGUGUGCUUGGACUCACGAUGACUUGUGGAAAGAGGCACUUUUAUAAAGUGCAAUUAAGAUAGAAUACUCCUCUUAAAUAAAGCAUUCCCGCAAGCGGACAUGCUUUGUGUGCAGAGUGUCCCUUUAAGGUGCUAGUUCACCCUUUAAACCAUUAAUUAUGACUAAUAUCUGCAUUUAUAUAGCACCAUUUUAUUUCAGAGCACUUGACAAUAUUAAGGGGACUUUAACAGCAAAUGAUACAAACUUAUUACAACAGGAACGAUCGGUUGAUGCUGUAAGGGGACUCUUAAAUUAUCUGAACUGUUUGGUACAAUAAAAAAAAACUGCCUUUCAUUAUACUGAAUGUUAAUUUGUUUUCAUAGAUUUUAAAUAGAAAAUCAGUUAAAGGUAAAUGACAUGUUUUCCCAAAAUAAGACUUUGUGGGGUUUUUUGUGUUCUCUUAAGGCUUACACAGAUGACCUGUUUUUGUUAUAUAUUUGUGUGUGUGUGUGUUCAACAUUAAAUAUUUUAAGCAAAACUAUAUUUUUAUUUUAUUUUAGUGUGAUAAGAGGCCACUAUCCAAACAUGAAAGUAAACUAUUUAAAAUCUGUCGCCUCAAAGGCAAAACAGUAGCAUAUGAACCCUGCUAGUUCCCAAUUGGGAAUAGGAGCCAUGCCAAGUAUUUGUCCCGAACCUUCCGUGAACUGCACAUCGAGCAUGGGGAUCCGUUCAAGUCGUACAAGUCUUGUACGUUCAAAACAGCGGCACAUCCCAUAAAAUGCACUUUUCACAAUUUACAACACGGAAAAGUGACAGCUAGAUUGGGGUGGGUGACUGUAUGUGCUCCUUCACACACACCUUUUCAGCGAAAAUAUGGCAGAUUGACAGAUAUAAGAGAACUUUUCAAUGACAUUUCUGGAUUUGCAGGAAAGCACUUCUUUUGUGGAUAUAAUUUGACUCUGCAUUUAGUUUUCUUUUCUUUUCCCAGAAGCUAAUGGAAUAGGGACAGUGAGAUUAUGUUUAAAUGUGUAAUGUGAGUGAUCCCAACUCCUGUAAAAAUAAUCUAUAAACAGGGCUAACAGAAUACAGGCACAGAACAAUCUGUUCCAAUGAAUUUCCCGUGUUCUAAACCUAGAACAUCUUUGUAAUGUUAUUGGGUUUUUUUUUUUUUUUUACUUUUUACAUCCUCCUGUACAGUUUGUGAUGGAUAGUAAAAAGAAAACACCAGUUGACUAAUCCAGAACUUCCAGAGUAUAAUACUGUGUAAAGCACUAUUACAGAAGUAGAGAUCUAAAUAGAAACAAUGCUUGAAAAGCUCUGGAAAUCAAAAAAACAAAUAAACCUAGACAUAACUUAAAUUCACCACCUGCUCUGUACAAUAAGUCACUCUAUGACAGUGUCAUCGCAGAAAUCCCUGCUAGGGGAUUGUGAAACAACCUAAAUAUGGACAUUAAAAUACGAUAAGUGACUUGUCAUUUGCUGUGUGUAAAUACCAUGUUGCAUAAAUAUAGAAUUUUUGUGGUUUUUGGUUUCUUAAAGGAACACUAUAGUCACCUAAACAACUUUAGCUUAAAGGACCACUAUAGUGCCAUGAAAACAUACUCGUUUUCUUGGCACUAUAGUGCCCUCAGGGUCCCCCUCCCGCCCGGCUCUGGAAGGUGGAAAGGGGUUAAAACGUACCUUUUUCCAGCGCUGGGCGGAGAGCUCGCUGCCUCCGAUCCGCCCCGUCAGCUGAAUGCACACGCGCGGCAAGAGCUGCGCGCGCAUUCAGCCGGUCGCAUAGGAAAGCAUUCAUAAUGCUUUCCUAUGGACGCUUGCGUGCUUUCACUGUGAUUUUUCACAGUGAGAAGCACGCAAGCGCCUCUAGCGGCUGUCAAUGAGACAGCCGCUAGAGGAAAUUUGGGAAGGCUUAACCCAUUCAUAAACAUAGCAGUUUCUCUGAAACUGCUAUGUUUAUAAAAAAAAUGGGUUAACCCUAGCUGGACCUGGCACCCAGACCACUUCAUUAAGCUGAAGUGGUCUGGGUGCCUAGAGUGGUCCUUUAAUGAAGCAGGUUUGGUGUGUAUAGAUCAUACCUCUCAGGUUUUACUGCUCAAUUCACUGCCAGUUAGGAGUUAAAUCACUUUUUUUCUGUUUAUGCAGCCAUUGUCACACCUCCCUUGGCUCAGAUUGACACAGCCUGCAUGAAAAAAAAAAACUGGUUUCACUUUCAAUCAGAUGUAAUUUACCUUAAACAAUUUAAUCACAUACAGGAGGCUCUUGCAGGGUAUAGCAAGCUAUUAACAUAGGGGACAAGGAAAACUAAAUUAAACAGAACUUGCAAUAAAGGAAGGAUAAAUUGUAGAUGACUCUUUACAGGAAGUAUUUAGGGAGGUGUCACUAGGGUUCAUAAACAAAGUGAUUUAACUCCUAAAUGGCAGAGAAUUGAGAAGUAAAAAUGCAGGGGCAUGUUCUAUAUACCAAAACUGCUUCAUUAUGCUAAAGUUGUUUUGGUGACUAAUGUCCCUUUAAGGCAUUCAUUGUUUGUACCCCUUUGUCCAGCUUCUCAUUUAUUGUGUUCUUAAUGAGCACUGCCUCCUAAUUCUCAGCAUUUAAAGAGCACCAACAUAGAUGAAGCUAAUUCAGAAACAAACUAUUACAAAUGUAGACGGGCACCUCUCAUGGUACUUAUAACCUAUUCUUGUUUUAAAGAGCAUUUAAAAAAAAAAAAAAUCGACAUUAUGCGAGCAGAAGUGCUAGCAAAUAUAUAUAUUUUUAAAGAAGAUGUAGUUAACAGCACCUGGAAUGACGAAGGUUUCUUAACCCUGCGCUAAGCUAUGUUGGGGAACACAUAAACAUAAACCUUUUCAAUGCUUUACUGUCGACCAACUUAGGAUCAUACACCCAAGCGCUUCAUGUGAUUCUGGUGGGCCAGUAAUGUGAAGAGCAUCACUGGCUGCACCGAAAGGGGACAGGAAACUCCAAAGGGUUGGCUGGUCAGUCUGGAGUCAGUGUACGCAAGACUGCAUGUCAGUCAUUCAUGCCAGCCCCUAUUUCAGUGUUCAGUGCUGUCUUCAGACCUCAUAGUGCCCUGAGCAUAGUGUGAUUGCAGCUAAGGAUGUGCUCAUGCUAUGAUUUUUGGGGACGGUUCCCGUGUGUCCCUAAAAGUGGGACCACAGGGAAUAAAGUCGGGAUGGCUGGACAGGGCUCUAAAGUCUCUUGGCAGCAAACUAAAUGUGGAAGUUUCACUAACUGUAUCUUCUCAAUCAAUGACUUGGUUCACAUGUAUAUUAUCUAUAUAAAAUAUAUCAAUUGUAUACAUUAGUUUUGGCAUACGUGGCCAAAUUACCGUUUAUCACCAAACUAUGCUGAAUCUUUUUUUUUUUUUUGCAGUAAUCUUUAAGUUCCUGUAGUGCUUUUUCAUCACACACUAACCAAAUCAUGUCCAGUUCAAAUCGUUAUUUAUUCUAGGAUUUUGAAACCUUAUUUGAGAUUUAGAUGCUAUGAUGAAAGAUUUAUAACUGUGUUGCUUAAUGUCUAAACCAACAGAAACCAUCUGAUCCAUCCACCUUUUCCAAUGCCAAAAUGAAAUAUUCUACAUUGAUUGAAGUUAGAAUCUAAACAUUGAGUUUGAAAUAUUUAUUUAUUUUUUCUCCAGUUUAAUUGACUUUUUUUCUUUUUUUUUUUUUUCAUUCUCUUUUUCCAGGCUAAGGAAACAUGCAUGGGGAUCAAUAAUCAAAGCUACAUUUGUGAAACCGGUCAUUGCUGUGGACAAUCUCAGUGCUGUAACUACUACUAUGAGCUAUGGUGUAAGUAAUGAGCAUCUCCAUACAAUACAUAAAUAUCAAAGACUGGGAAUAUUGUUCACUAAAAUAUAUAUACACAAUCUGUGAAGCUGACCCUCUGUCAUCCUCCCUUUUCUAAAUCUUUUAAAUUUCCCUUUAUCUUGUAUUCCUAUUACUGUUGGACAAACUCCUAAACUCGCAUUUAAAAUAUCUUCUUUGAAUCUCCUCUUUAAUGGUCACUUUCUUUAAAGUGAACAUGUCAUCGGUAUAAUCCGGUGUGUGUAUAGUUACAGCUACUGUCACCAGCAAAUUUAUAUGACUCUUGCUUCCACCUCAACUAAUUGGGGGUGGGGGGGUGUGAUGUGCACAUGAUUGCUUCUUGUUUUUUUCUACUUAACCACUACAGUAAUGUCAUGUAAAAAAAAAAAUUAAAAAAAAUGAAGCCUUUUCGCUACGUCUGUGUCAUGGUAGUUGAACCUCCAAUCAAUCUAUCUCUCUCCUUCUAUCAAUAUCUUAGUGGCGUCAGCUCUGUUACUUUUUCCGGAUGGUGCCAGAUCAUUAAAGUCCUCCUUUCAGCCUUGAAUGGGUGCCCAUUUCCUAAACCAUUGUUCUCUGCACACCUGCUGGCUCUGUUUCCUCACUGCGUCCUUUUCUGAACAAUCAAAUAGCGUUUCCAGUGGCCUUGGACGCCUUAAUGUUAAAUUGGCAGAGUUUACCAAUGAGUUGACAAAGUAAAUAGGUGGAAUUGUUUUUUUCAUUUCAUCUCCUUCUUUAUGUAAUGGAAAUGAUAAAGUAUUCUUCUGUUGACUGCCCCUCCUUUUUAUAGGUUAUGGGACGUACAACUUCUGGUCUUCCUUAAUUUUAUUAAAGGACCUCUCUAGGCACCCAGACCACUUCAGCUUAAUGAAGUGGUCUGGGUGCCAGGUCCUUCUAGGGUUAACCCAUUUUUUCAUAAACAUAGCAGUUUCAGAGAAACUGCUAUGUUUAUGAAUGGGUUAAGCCUUUCCCUAUUUCCUCUAGUGGCUGUCUCAUUGACAGCCACUAGAGGCGCUUGCGUGCUUCUCACUGUGAUUUUCACAGUGAGAGCACGCAAGCGUCCAUAGGAAAGCAUUAUGAAUGCUUUCCUAUGUGACCGGCUGAAUGCGCGCACAGCUCUUGCCGCGCGUGCGCAUACAGCCGACGGGGAGGAGAAGAGGAGGAGAGCUCUCUGCCCAGCGGUGGAAAAAGGUAAGUUUUACCCCUUUCCAGAGCCGGGCGGGAGGGGGUCCCUGAGGGUGGGGGCACCCUCAGGGCACUAUAGUGCCAGGAAAACGAGUAUGUUUUCCUGGCACUAUAGUAGUCCUUUAAUUAGUGUAACCAUUAUAUAGCCAGCUCCCACCUACUUUCGUUCCCUUUCCACCUGUAUUUCAACACCAUGCAUUCAUUCCAAGGUUAGUGUAUGUUAAAAUUACCACUAUAUAUUAUAUUAUAAUAAUGGUUUAUUUGCCCCCCAAAAAAUUGAGAGAGCUACAAGUGUUCUUUUAGGGGAGCAAUUUGAAUAUUGUCCAAAAUUGGCAUUUUUCAACACAACAAUUGGUGCUUGCGGCAUUUAAGAGGGCAGUUAUGUCUUUGGCAUUUGCUCAAAUUGUACUUUUACGAUAACCUUUUUGUCUGAAACAUUCGGGCUUCCUUAGACAUAAACAAGCUUGACUCCCACUGUUUACAGGUGAACACUGAAGCAGAGGCUGCAGAAAAUCGCUGCCUUCAGUUUGGGAGGGCGAAGGAAUUUUAUUUUUGAAGUUCUAUCCUAAGGGAAAUGAGGUUGCGCAAACCACAUUUUAUUUAACUGGAUUAUUCUGAUAAAGCAAAACCUUUUAUUGUGGCAGAUUCUGCGACUACCAGCUGUUAAAGGACCACUAUAGUGCAAGAGCGCGCUCAUUCAGCCAGUCCACAGGAAAGCAUUAUCAAUGCUUUCCUAUGGACGCAAGCGUCUUCUCACUGUGAAGCGCCUCUAUCGGCUGCCAAUGAGACAGCCACUAGAGGCUGGAUUAACCCAUAGGUAAACCUAGCAGUUUCUCUGAAACUAUGUUUACAGCAAAAAGGGUUAAACCUAGCUGGACCUGGCACCCAGACCACUUCAUUAAGCUGUAGUGGUCUGGGUGCCUAUAGUGGUCCUUUAAGUCCACAGUAGGACAAUGUCCAAACAUCCAAUGCUAAAUAUGUAGCUAGACUUGGUAAUGUGUUACGCAUUUUUUUUCUUUUACCAAAGCCGCUAAGUUUCAUGUUACAGAGAUAACAUUACGUGCUGCGGAAAUGUUGCUUUUACAGGUGCUUUGCAAAUACGAAGUGACUCGCCUGCUUUUCUUCCUUACUCUCUGUCCAUACAGAGAAUCCUUUAUUGUGGCCCAUUACAGUUCUAAUCCUUUCCUUAAGAAUAUGUGGCAAACAAAAGGCUCUUUGUUUAGCCUCGUAGGCAAUGAAAUAUUAGCUAUUUCUCUGAAAAUCCAAGAGGUAAUGGAAACUACAUAAAGCACUAAAUUCUUUAAAAUGCAAAAUGUAGGAAAACACUCUGCAUUUACGGUUUAUUUUUGCAGCCAUUUCAAGUCACUAUUUUUUAUUUUUAAAAACUGCUAAUGUUUUACUUUACUUUUUAACAUGUAUAAUGAGGCAAUAAGCCAUUGCACGUGCCGCCACCCUCACCGGAGGGGAUACUAGGUUACCCUUUUCGGACUGGCAACCGCCUAUAAGGCAACAGCAAUCUAUUCAGCUGCAAUGAUUUAAGUUUUUAUUGUUUGAUUUGUUAAUUAUCACUUUUAUGCUUCACAUGCCCUCAGACAGCUGACUUUGAGCCCAUGCACCUCAACAGAGGACCACUGGGGCUUGAACUCAGUCCCUCAAACUUUUUUUUUUUUUUUGUUUGACAACUUAUUUUGGAGACAAGUACAGGUUUGGUAAGAUACAUAAUGCAUAAUGUUUGUGCAAUACAACACAUGUGAGUCAUCCGUGAGUUUUGAGCCAUUGGUUAAUCCGUUUUAUACAGGGUAUAGCUGUUACCACCAUAAUGUGGAUUCUCGUUAAGCAUAGUUGAUACACUGAUCGUGUGUGGUUCAGUCCCUAUUCAUAUUUGGCUCGCUAUCGUGUCUGGGUGCGCUGUUUUUGUUUUUUUGGGGGGGAGGACACAAUAAUGAGAAAUUAUGGUUAAUGCCACAAUGUAUGAGAGAGUUUAGUAGCGUUUGCUUGUUACCAGAUAAGUUGAUGAUGAAGAAACAUGGAGAAUGGGGAGUAGGAUGAGCUGUGUAGAUGAGGAGGAAGAAUAAGCGAGAGGAAUGUGAUGCUGUGGAUGGGAUGGUAUGCACCUGGUCGGUCCCAUGUAUCUUGUGGUCCGGGCUUUCUACGCCAUGCGUCCCCACACCGCGCGAUCAACCAGGGUCCCGUGAGUGCAAAUGUAAUACCGCCAUGAUAUCCACAUAAUUUCAUACUGGACAAGGCGGCCAAUCCACAUAGCUAUGCUUUCUUCAUAUUUGUGGAUCUCCUCGACUCUCUCCAUCCAAGCCUGAAACAAAGGAGGUUCCGGUCUGUGCCAAUUUGUCGGAAUUGGGUAACGUGCUGCUGAUAAGUGUUUACAUAACAUCUACUUGAAUUUGGAGAGGGGAAGAAUGGUGCAGUUUAAGAAUAUGUCUGCUGGAUGAAAACGUAUUCCUUCAUCUGCUACUGCAGUUAUUGUAUCAUGUAUAAUUUUCCAGUAAGGAACCAGAGAGGGGCAGUCCCAAGAGAUGUGGAAGAUCGACACCCUUGGCCAACCACAUCUCCAUCAGAGAUCUGGUACAUUUGGGAGGAAUCUAUGCAAUUUUUGUGGUGCAUCAUACCACUGUGUUAGAAUCUUGUAGUUUCCUGGAAUCUUAUGCUUUGAGAGCCCUGUCAUUGUCUUCUGCCACUUUGAGUCUAAAUAAGUUUCCUGAAGAGCCUCAUCCCAAUGUUCCUUAAACUUGAGUGCAGCUAUAUGAUCAGAUGAGGUUGGCAACUGGUAUGUGGACAUGCCACAAAAUAGUGAUUCUCCUUUUGAGCAGAGUUCCUCAAAAGGUUGAGGUGGUUGCUGUAAAGUUCAGUUGGUAUAAAUGGUUGUAAAGUGGUUGCUUCAGUGUGAGAUGGUGGUAUAGAAAUGUUGAAGCUGAUGAAAUGUGAAUCGUUUCAUUGGUGUUGGGCAUCUGUCUGGCAGUAGUUCUUGCAGUGGAGAUAGCUGCCCAUCUUGACCCAGUCUUGCAAUCUGGAUAAAUGGGUUGCUCCCUAAUUAUGCAAAGUUAUGUUUUUAAAGACAUUGUGGGAACUUUGGGUUAUCUGUUACCUGGAACUAGUAUUUUUUUUGUUUUUUGUUAUGUUUGUUUUUUUGCUGCUUUCAACAAACUUUCCUCUUUUACAGUGGAAUGCUCGGAGAUGCUCUGUAAAUCUGUUUUUCAUUGGUUGCUGAAAGAACAGUCUCUGAUGCUCCUUUUAUUAUUUACAUCUACGUUUGUUGUUGAAGGUCUGAACAUUGUGAUGUCAUUCCAAGAUGGUCAUCUCAGCACUGAAAUGCUUAUUGGUCUUUUGUCUAACCGAGCUAUAGUUAUAUUUCUAAUUUAGCUGUAAUUGUCACUUGAUGUCAUUUUGGUCUUAUGGGAGUAGUCUUAAACUGGCUAAUUGAAGGAACGAUCACUUCUCUGGAAUUUACACCACUAAGUAAAACAUUGAAAUUUUGCCUAUAACUUGAGCUCCCACCCCCAUUUCGCAAAGAAAGGGUUUAAAACUUUUUUUUUUUUUUUUGCUCACCUUGUUCCAGCGCUUACGUCUCUUCCCCAAGUGACGUCACGGAGGAGGCAAGGCCUCCUUUACCAAUGUCCAAUCCAACUCUUCUUGUAGAGGAGCAUUGAGGACCUAAUGCGCAUGUGCACACAUUUAAACUCCCAUAAGAAAGCUUUUGAGUUCCGAUUGGGUUCUGUGUCAUGUGACUGAGUUUUACUCGGUUUGUGCAGCGAAAGCGCCUCUGGUGGCUGUCAUAUUGACAGCCACCAGAGGAUGACUUAAAGGACCACUAUAGUGCCAGGAAAACAUACUCGUUUUCCUGGCACUAUAGUGCCCUGAGGGUGCCCCCACCCUCAGGGACCCCCUCCCGCCCGGCUCUGGAAGGCUCUCCUUGAUGUGCCUACUUGGCUGACAUCAGAAGUGGUGUUCUGAGCCAAAAGGAAAACAUUGGAUUGGCUGAGACUGUCAAGGAAGCAGAUCAGGGGCAGAGCCAGCACAAGCCAAACACAGCCCUGGCCAAUCUGCAUAUCCUCAUAGAGAUGAAUUGAAUCAAUGUAUCUCUAUGAGGAAAGUUCAGUGUCUGCAUGCAGAGGGUGGAGACACUGAAUGGCAGUGCUGCUCACUGUGCAGCACUGUCCUAGGAAGCACUUCUAGCAGGCAUCUGAGGGGAGUGGCCAGUGAAGGGAUCCCUCGGUUGUAAUGUAAACACUGCAUUUUUUUUCUGAAAUAAAUGUGUUUACUGCAAAAGGCCUGAAGGGAAUGAUUCUACUAACCGGAACGAAUACAAUUAGCUGUAGUUGUUCUGGUGACUAUACUGUCCCCUUUAAGUUUCUCAAAAACUGCAAUGUUUUACAUAAUGCCCGUGUAAUGCUUACAUUUUUCUUUACGGUCUCACUGUUUCUAAGUUGUUUGUAAAAGACCGAUUCACAUUCACCAUUUGGUGCGCUUUUUAUUUUUUAUUUUUUUUAAUUCAAACGUUUUAAGAAACCGAACGCACGCGGAAGGGAUUCCUGGACCUGAUGUGUGUGGCGGUGUCUUUUCUCUUACAUCAUAUGGUUUCUCGUCUCAUGACUCACUUCAAAGUGCUUUCUGUAACAACAACGACUGGGUUUUAUUAAAACAAGAUUAAAUAUCAUUCAACGUUUUCACAGCCCAACAGAGGAUUUUCCUACUUUGCUGUUUAUUAUUUCAGCUUAUUUAGGUCUUUACUUGUCCUGGCUUACUGGAAAAGUGCAGAUUUCAGAGGAAAUUUUAAUUUAAAUGGACUCCCGGAUUUAGACACUUAAAAAAAAAAAAAAAAAAUUAAAAAAAAAAAAAAAAUUUUUUUUUUUAAUUCUAUACAUGAAAAUAUGCUUUAAUUGAUUUUAAACAACAAGCAAACUAGGGGUCUCCCUAAACAACAAGCCAGUAAACAUGCAAAUCUAUACACAAGGGGUCAACUCCAGCCAAAAUUAGCUUUUGAUUUUUUUCUUCCUCUCCCUCCAUCUCCUCCCCCCCCCUCUUUCUUAGUGUUACCAGCCAGUCAGAUCUGCCAAACCCAAUGAGUUCUUUAAAGCAGCUUUGCCACAUCUCUCCCCCUAACAAAAAACCAAAUGAUUAUUUGAUAAAGAUAAAAUCUUCACCAUUAUCUGAUUGAAAAAAAAAUCCUCUUAGCCGCAUUCCAAAUCUCCUUCACAUGUCCAUACAACUCUCCAAACAUAGGCUCUUUGGAUGACCAUAGCAUGGAAAGGGGUUAAAAUGCUUUGGUAGGGACAUGAGAAUAAAAGUUGAGGGUUAUAGACAUUCUCACCAUAGCAUUCUAACAGUUGUCUUUAUAUCAAGGGGAUCUGAUAGUAGGCUGGCGCUCAGAACCAGGCAUCUACUUGAAAACCAUGAUGCAUAAGAAAAUAUAACCAGUAGGUUGGAGCUUUAAGCUACACCACGGACGUUCCUGUUUUGCUCAUAACAGGAAAGCUAGGUGAUUGUGCAUGUGUUUUAUAAAUAGAGUAGAAAUACAAGUAAAUGAUCAUUAACCAAACAAGUCUAUUAAAGGGAAACUGUAACCACUCAACUUGGCCUCUGCUCCCCCUGCCAAAAUCUCACUAGAGAGGUCAGUCUAAGACAGAAGCAUGGCUUCCGAACAAGCCCUUUCUAGUUAUGUUUGAAUUGGUUUUUUUUUGUUUUGUUUUUAUGGCUCACCUUUCAGUUGCCUUAUGCCAAUAUCCUGCUUUUAAAAAUUAAAUUUAAAAAAAAAACAAAAAAAACAGGACCAAGCAUUCCAGUUCUUCUAUUCUUGCUUUUGCUUUUGCUUCCACGACUCUAAAGGUCAUUAGGUAUUUGUUUAUUUACAGGGGCCAUAAUUGUGGCGAAUCAAAGAAAUGGCAAAUAUUGGUCCUAAAGAACGGAUCUGUAAAAGUAGCUAAAUUUGAAGGAUUUUUGUAGCAGGGCUAUUUUGACCAGAGCUUUAUGAUUCUCUGGUCAAUACCAUGCUUUGUUGAGCAACCUUGUAAGUGUAUACUAUGUAUAUCUAUAUAGGGAACAUAGAAACAAAAUCCUUUCAGAAUUCUAUACUCUAUUUUCUCCUUGGUUUUUCCUUUUUUUUUUUUUUUAUAAAGGUCAAUGCUGAAGCAUGGCAAAGCCUUUUUUGAAUAGGCAGAAAGUUCCGAUCUUGGCAGACCAUUUUAUUUUUCUCUCUUUUUUUUUUUUUUUUUUUCCCCUUGUAACACAAUCUGUCCUUAAAGUCGUGGGAGUGGCUCCUUUAAGCACUGGGAUCUUUAUCCCCCCUCUAUGGUGGGUGGGGAAGGUAUUUUAGAUGAACCGUCCUUGUAAACAAGGCUUUGACUGUUCCAGAUGUCUCCUAAAAGUCAGCAAAAUAUUUCCACUGACUAUAAACACGUCGCUCUGGAUUACAUAUAUUUUCUUGUUUUUUAAUGUGAUCAGCAAGAAUUAAAGUCCCUUUCAUGUGGCAGGGAUUAAAGAAUAUGAUAUGCCAGCAGGUGGGCAGUCUGCGGGUAAAAGUAGAUGCAGUGCUUAAUACGGAAGACAUUUCUCCUCCUCCUCUAGGAAUAAAAAUCUUCUAAGGACACGAUGUAGAAAAGGAAUGCCACAUAUUUAGGUGAAAUGUUAGCUCUGGCUCUUUGGGGCCCAAGCACUGUACUUCUGCAUUAAUGGGGAAUUUUCACUUACCAGGAUUUUGAAUAUUGUGUUUACUUGUCCCUAUAGUUCACACCUCUCAAAAUUCUAAAAUAAAGCUAAUUACUCCAUUUUAUUUCCCCCGAGCGCACCAGUCUCACUACAGCCACCUUUCUUCCUCUGGUUGAGGUCAUUAAUACUGAUAUCAGCCAAUCCAAUGCUUCCCAGUGGUGCGGGGGCUAGUUCGCAAUGAGCCAAUGGGUAUCCUCUCCUACAGAUACAUUGUCUCGGUGAAGAGCAUAGUGACUGAAAAACCGUGGGAACUAGGGAGCUAUCUACUACAUGGAUUGGAAUUUCAUUCAUUUGAAUGAAAUUAGAAAAACCGACCUAAAAGUACAGUGUGUCGUCUUUACAUGAAUGAACAAACUGUUCUCAUUCUGUUGGACGAAAUUUGGUAGUUUCGCCGUCUUUCUGUCUAAAAUAACAGGACGUUCGGGAAAAGUGAAAGGAGGCAUCGCGAGAUCAUGGAGGAAAGGUGUGAAUUGUGGGAAAUUGCUCUGACCACAGGAAAUGGAGCACACUUUGCUCCUCCGCUGAGCAUAGCUGGUCAGGCAUAGGAAAUCGACAUAAAAAACAGUCCCUACUUUUGUCUUAUCUUUUAAAGACAGCUGGAGCAGACAGUAAGAAAUGAACAGAUCCUGGGAGAGGGAGAGAAGAGGAAGCGAUUAGGGAAAGGUAAGUUUGGCAUGACCGUGCCGCUUUAACGGUGACUUGGUGUAAAAUCCAGAGAAGUGACUGCUCCCCUGCUAAUUGUGCAUACCUCUUCUCGGCUAUUAAAGGCCAAGUUCAUGUUUUCAUAUCAUUGAACUUAAUAAUCCACUAAUUAACUAGUAUGUUAACUGUACCUCUUUUUUUUUUUUUUUCUUUUUUUUUUUAAACUUUGGCCUGUAAUUGUGUUUUACCCCUUUGUAGCGUGUAUCUAAUGCAUUAACCACAUAGAAUGUGACGGCAGAUAGGAACCAUUCGGCCCAUCUAGUCUGCCCAAUUUUCUAAAUACUUUCAUUAGUCCCUAGUCUUAUUUUAUAGUUAGGAUAGCCUUAUGCCUAUCCCACGCAUGCUUAAACUCCUCUACUGUGUUAGCACCUACCACUUCAGCUGGAAGGCUAUUCCAUGCAUCCACUACCCUCUCAGUAAAGUAAUACUUCCUAAUAAUAGAAACAUAGAAUGGGACUGCUGGUCUGGGUGUAGGCAGGGUUUUCUGGUCAAGACACUUUUAGAUAUUUUUUACGGCUGCAUGUCAUGAAUUAAAGCUAAUGGUAAGUGAAACUGGCAAACGGCCAUCGUUGCAAACCACACCAAAUGUAUCUAGUGCUCGCGUUGUACACACACAAUUUAUAAUUGACAAGUAUACAUGUGUGUGCAUACAUAACGCCUGCUGUUAUCUAGCCUUCAAACAUUCAGGGUGAAAUGGUUUGGGGGAGUGGGGGUGAGGGCGGGUGGGAGUCACAUAUUAUGUAACGUUCACUGUGUAACUUUCUCAUAUGACCAGGCUGCCAAACACUUUACCAUUGAGUGCCGGGUAGAACUUCUUGGCAAACUACUUUAAAUGGCUUGAGGAAAAAAAAAACGGGAACGGCAUCUAAAGCCUCAAUGCACUAGAACCACUUCAAUGAAUCUCUAUGAGGAAAGUUCUGUGUCUGCAUGCAGAGGGAGGAGAUACUGAAUCACAGGAUGCUGUGCACAGUGCUGCCAUGUGCUCUGCUGACAGCAGAUUUGAGUGGAUGGAGGCAUAUUAUGCCUCCAUCAACUCCGAAGUCCCUCUGGUUCACUCUGAGUGACUGCAACUGAAGGUGUUCCUAGCUUUCAAUGUAAACACUGUAUUUUCUAAGAAAAUACAGUGUUUACAUGAGAGGCUGCAGGGAGCUAUAGUUCUCACCUGAACAACCUCAUUAAGCUGAAGUUGUUCAGGUGACUAUAGUGUCUCUUUAAAUAAGUAGGUUUGAAUGGCUGUUACUUUGCAUAAAUCUUAAAGGACCACUCUAGGCACCCAGACCACUUCAGCUUAAUGAAGUGGUCUGGGUGCCUGGUCCUUCUAGGGUUAACCCAUUUUUUUAUAAACAUAGCAGUUUCAGAGAAACUGCUAUGCUUAUGAAUGGGUUAAGCCUUCCCCCUAAUCCUCUAGUGGCUGUCUCAUUGACAGCCACUAGAGGCGCUUGCGUGCUUCUCACUGUGAUUUUCACAGUGAGAGCACGCAAGCGUCCAUAGGAAAGCAUUGUAAAUGCUUUCCUAUGCGACGGGCUGAAUGCGCGUGCAGCUCUUGCUGUGCGUGCGCAUUCAACCCAGGAGGAGGAUCGGAGGCGGAGAGGAGGAGGAGAGCUCCCCGCCCAGCGCUGGAAAAAGGUAAGUUUUUACCCCUUUCCCCCUUCCAGAGCCGGGCGGGAGGGGGUCCCUGAGGGUGGGGGCACCGUCAGGGCACCAUAGUGCCAGGAAAACGAGUAUGUUUUCCUGGCACUAUAGUGGUCCUUUAAAUACUUAUUCCAGCAAACCUUUGUUUCCAUAUGUCUGUCUCUGAGUUCUUUACUCUACGCGCAGUAGCCAUCUCAUGUUUUUAGUGGGUUUUUAAUGAGUAGUGUUUUAAUGCUGUACCUCAUAUUUUUGUUAAAGCAUUUUCAAGUGGUUUGACAGAAAAGGAGACUGUCUUGGUACCCAUAACACCCUCUGUUGCUCCAAAGAUAAUGAGGAAAUCAAUGAUCUUCAGAAUUCACAACCUGGCACUUUCUUAAAGAUCAUACAGUUAAAAGAAAAUAAACUCUGCAAUAUCUCUACUGCAGCACAGGUUCUGUGAGAGCCCUGGGUUUUGUCAAAUCAUUAGACAAAACAGAGGGAGUGACAUCAAAAACUCAUUAUACCAUAACCACUACAAUAUGCAGUCGUUGGUGGUGGUAGUAGUAUGGUGCUUUAGUGCCCCUUUUUAAAGGGACAAUAUAGGUGCCAAAACAACUUUUACUAAAUGAAUCAGUUGAGGUAUAGAUCAUGGCCCUGCAGUUUCACUGCUCAAUUCUCAGCCAUUUAGGAGUUGACUUGCUUUCGUGUCUGUUUAUGCAGCCAUAGCCACACCUCCCCUGACUGACUGAAACAGCCUGCAUGAAAACCAAAUGGGUUCAUUUUCAAUCAGAUUUUAACUUACUUUAGACUUUUUUAUAUCAUUGACCGUAGAUUGACACCCAGGAGGCUCCUGUAAGGUCUAUCAAGCCAUUAACUGUGCAGGAGAUUAGAAAUUCUAAAUUAAAUAGAAUGUGCAGUAAAGGAAGUCUUAAACUUUGGCUAUCACUUUACAGGAAGUGUUUAGGAAGGCUGUGCAACACAGAUGCAGGGAGGUGUGACUAGGGCUGCAUAAACAAAGUGAAUUGUUUUGGUGCCCAUAUUGUUCCUUUAAGUAAAUUUGAAUAGAUGGAUAUUCACUCAUUUUAUAUUCUUAAUACGCUAUCCUGAGAGAUAUCGGUCAGAUAUAUCUCUGUAAAGUAAAUAAAUUAAACCCUUUUGCAUUGGUAGGAUUAUAUAUCUAAUUUUCCCCCCCUUUUUCAUAGGGUUUUGGCUGGUCUGGACAAUAAUUAUAAUCCUGAGCUGCUGCUGUGUGUGCCAUCACCGCCGUGCCAAGCACCGCCUACAAGCGCAACAGAGGCAGCAUGAGAUUAACUUGAUUGCAUACCGCGAAGCACACAGUUACUCAUCGGUGCCGUUUUAUUUCCGUAAGUUAUCCGCAGCAGCUCGUACCUUUUAUUUGCUAUAAAUAAAGAAACAAAAUUCGAAUUCUUAGAGCAACACUUGCUUUCUGUCAAAUGCUAGUAAGGCAUCAUGGUAGGAGCUGCUUGAAAAACUGCUAGGUGGGAAUCUUGUUUGGUCACCACUAAUCCAAAAAUGUAUCCGUAUUGCUUUGAUUUUAGUUAACCUGUGUCGGUAGCUGAAAUUCCUGGCCGAAUCUGGUCAUCUUGAGACCGAAUUCAGAAUACACAAUUUACAGGACAGGUCCUGGUUUUGUUCAUUCUGUGUUAUGAGUUUAAAUGCUCACUUAUGGUUUCUCUUGAGUUGGGUGCUUCUCUUCUCUGUCCUUUACAACUCUCUAACAUCCUGACUGAGCUUUCAGGACGAAGAGCCAUAAGACAGAGUAGUCCGCACCCUACUACCAUAACCUUAAAACAGGGUGUAUUGGAAAACAAAAAUGGACAGAACUAGGACAAUAAUUUUAAUAUAGAAAAACUCUUAUCGUUUUUGUUUGUUUUUUUUGUGUUUUUUUUACACUUUCUAAAAUGUGUUCCUGUUUAUUGUGCUUUACAUAUAAGGAACGCUAGUGUCACGUACAGAAACAUGUAUUCUUGACACUAUAGUGUUAUACUAACUAUUAAGGUCUCUGGCUUCCCUUAGAUCGCAUAGAAAAGGUGUUUAAACUCGCCUUUUUUUAUUUUAUUUUUUUGCAUCAGCUAGCUCUCUCAGUAGUUGAGAUCACACUUGAUAAUCUCAGCCAACCCAAUGCUUUCCCAUAGGAAACCAUUGGGAGGCUUUUUUACGCAUGCAUGGUAAAACACUCUGCUGCCAAUCAGUAUCUUAACAAAGACAUGCAACUCUAUGGGGAACGUUCACUGCCUAUAUGCUGAGUGUGGGUAUGCUAAAUGCCAUUGCUGCACACUAUGCAUCACUGACACAGGAAGCACCUCUAGUGGCCAUGUGAGUGUCUGCCAGUAGAGGUUUUCCUAGGCAGCAAUGUUAACACUGCCUUUUCUCUGAAAUGGCAGUGUUUACAUUAAAAUGCCUAUUGAGGCAGGCUUUAGACACCAGAACCACUACAUUAAGCUGUAGUGGUGUGGUGAAUAUAGUGUCCCGUUAAGCAUAAUUUGAUCUCUUUUCUUGAAUAUAUUGUAAGGGGAAAUCAGAAACCUAACUAAUACUCAGGGCUUAAGGCAUUUUUUUGUGCUGACUGUCUUAUCGACCCAGUUCCACAAACACUUGGAAACCUCUUAAUACUUCAAUCGUGUUAGUAAAAGGGAAAACUAUAAAAUAAUUGUUCCUCUGUUGUGAGGUCUGCAUUAUAAUAGUCUUACUAACCUGUGUAUUAAUGGUGCUGCAAUGACGACGCACUAUUAUAGCGUUGCACAAAUGAUACUAGAUGGAACAGUUUUGAUGGUGCUAUAUUUAAUGCAUGCAUAAAACCCUGCCUGUGGUUCAUGGAAAGAUAUUUAAAAAAAUAUAUAUUCCAAACCUUCUCAUACACCAACCCUCGCUUCUUCUUCUUUUUUUAAUUUAUUUAUUCUCUUUGGUUCUAUAGGAUUUUUGCCAAACUACUUGCUACCUCCUUAUGAAGAAGUGGUGAACCGACCACCAACACCACCCCCACCGUACACGGUCUUGCAUCAACAAUGUGUUAUUGCGUGUUCCAGCACAGUAGCCGCAGAGCCUUCACUUGGUGUCCAGCACAGUCAGCCCAGUUCUCCAGCAGCGUCGAGUGCAAGCAGAACAAGACCGCCCAGUGUUGUAGAUUGUGAGCCUGCAACAGCAUGUCUAGAACGAGCAUCAAACAAGAACAGUUUUGGCUCAGGUGACCCGGUCACUGGUGCCGAGUUAGAAGAGUUGGAAGAUCAAGUGUCCUUUCUAGAGAAAGAAUCCAAAGAACUUUUCAAAGACUAUAGCUCCGAAAGCUUAGAUCAGAAUGGCUUUUCUGAUGGUAUGGACAAAACUCCUGGACGACAUCGGAGGUUCACUGGAGAUUCUGGCAUUGAGGUUUGUGUUUGCAGUAGAGGUCACCAUGAUGACUUAAAAGAGCUUGAUGGUUUAAUUGAUGAUGAUGCGAUGGACAGCUUCUGUGACAGCUGUACUUCGUAUGAAGCCCAGCCUCGUAGAGAUGAAGAAGAAAGUAUUUUUGACCACUCAGAGCGGUCAAGAGAUCCUGAGCACCAUCCUUUGCCACGUCAACCCAUAAGCUUGUUAAAUACCAUCAAUGAACAAGACUCUCCAAACUCUCACAGCAGCAACAGUUCCCGUGGCUAAAUUAAGCCCAAUAAUGCUGAACAAAUAUUCAUUAAUGACUGUUCCACCUGUCUGUCUAAUUUUUUUUUUCCGAUGUUAUGUACAUUUAAAGAAAACAAAAUAACAACUUGGGAAAUGCUCUACCAAAGCUGAAGGGAGCUGCUGCCAAUACGGUGUCCAAUGCUUCAAAUAAAGCCUUUAUCCUUGGGCUUUUGCCAACCGGGACUAUGGCGGUGGACUAGAAAGUCUAAAGGGAGAGUGGUAAUGACUUAAGAGCAAAGGAGGAGACUGCAGACUACUGCAUGACUAGGGUUUGUGGUCUGCAGAUUUCAGUCUUGUGAUGUGAGACGUCAGUUUCUAGAGGCACUGGAUUUCUAUAUAUAGAUCUAGAUGUAUGGAGCCUUGUAUCUAGAUAUAUCUAUAUAUUUAAGUCGGUGUUGGCGAAACUGAGCCAACUCAAUGGGGGCACCUGUCGUUCAUAUUCUACAAAGCUCACUUAAGAGUUUGCUUGCUCUUAGGAACAGCUGAUACGUAGGAAAAAAAAAAAAGAGAAUACUUGUGUGUUAUUUACAAACUGUUGGCUGUGUUAACAGCUAACGUGUUUGUGGAAGAGCUCAGUGUAGGGACAGAAGCUCUUCUGGUUGUGAAUGUGGUAUGCUUAAUUGUAAACAACAUUAACAUGUAGUACAAAAAAUAUAUUAUUUUAAAAGUGGACAACCCCAAAUGGGGAACAGACUCCUCAGUUUCAUUUAUUUUGCAAACAUUGGCAAAUUCCUCCCCUUUUUUAAAUUUUUUUAAUUUUAUUUAUAAUUUACCCCCCUUGCUCGUACCAGAGCAAUCAUAAUGGGGGCAUUUAAACGAGUCCCCACUUGCAGCUGGCCUGCUUGUACCAUUGUACGCAAUUGGAAAAUUGCGAUUUAAUUAUUUUAAUUUUUUUUCUGGACAAGCUUUUAAUCCAGAAUAAUAACCAUGAGAUUUUUUAUUUUUAUUUUUUUUUGGUGGGCGGGGGGUUUCCAAUAAAAUAAUCUUGUGCCCCUUUAUGUCUUGUGCAAACAAGCUUCUACUUUCAUGGACUUUUUGUAAUCGAGAUCUUGAAACAUUUUGAGCAGUAUUUGUUUGUUUAUAGUUACAUAAAAAAAAGUACUUCAAUGCAAUUUUUUUACACUGACCACUUGAAGAUAAAGAAAUAUAUAUAUCUGAAUAAAAGUGAAACUUGUGGUCAUAUGGUAAUCAUGCUUAUAGGAAUGCAUGCAUGUAAGAGUGUGUAUUUCAUAAGCUCACCGAAAUGUUACUUCCUGAUUGCAUUCAUUAGUUUUUGGGGUUUUAUGUUUUUGGUUUUUUUUUGUAUGUGUUGAACAUUCCCUUAACUGAUGUGGGAAUUAUUUGUUUGUUGUAAAUUUCCAGAAAGUAUGUACAUUCUGUCAACCAAAAAGUAGAAAUUUGGGAAACUAGGUAAACCUUGAGAUUGGCUCAAGCAGAGUCACAUGUGGAAUGUUAGAAACUGUGCAACACAGAGUGCAUCAUGUAUAGAGCAAGGAUUGCUCUUUCCACAGGAAUUUUUUUUCUGAAUAUUUUUUUUUUUUUUUUAUACAACAAAUGUGCACUUCUGAUAUGCAACCGAAAUGUCUUUGUGGCAACUUUGAUCUUGACAAUUAUCUUGCACUGGAUUUUGUCAUUUGUUUGCUAAUUAAAAAAAACCUUAAUUGCAUUGCUGUUCUGUGUGGUUGAAACUCUACUCCCAAGUGUGUACUGUGUUCCUAAAGCCUAUGUUUUGAAGUUACUUGCAACUCCAUUCAGUGGAGCCUAUUUGGGUUAUUCACUUAAG